GUCAAAGUGACGUAAGAGGCGUCAUGCGUCCCUUCAAGCGGGACUUUCAGUGUUCCUCACCGCUCUUAUGCAAGUUCUAUGUUGGUUUCUAUUAAUCGUUUUUGUGGAACAAAAUGGCUUUUCAGAUCGAUCCCGAUUUGCCAUCUGUCCUUGCCCCUCUAAAAGUAAGUUGUCUGUUUUUUCCGAAAUAUAUUUGUUUGCUUAAUAGGCUGUCGUUAGCUCUUAGCUAUACGCCAACCAAAACAGACAGGUCCCUCAGUAGAAUACUAGCAGGCGUUACACAACGACUCCCUUGUAUAAAUUUAAGCCAAUUUAAGUUACAACACACAGAGAAAUAUACAGGUGUUUUAGCGACUGUUGAUUUUUGUGCUUGGGCAACGUGGCGAUGUGACAAAUUCACCAACUAGUUGCUACGGAGCUACAAUCUGGACAAAUCUGUAGUGUUACCUCAUCUUACCUUACCACGGUCCAUUGACUAGCUGUGUCACAUUUGGUGGUAAACCCACUAUUCCCGCGCCCAGAUGAAAAAAUGCACAGCGCCAAAGUGAUCAAACAAUCAUUUACCUCAAUAAAAUAAUAUUCAUGUUGCCAGCAACUCAGCAAAAUGUGUUAAUCUUUUUCAUCAUUGAUGGUUAAUCUGAGUUUUUCAUAACUUUGCCUGAGUGUAUGAAUCAGCAAUGCAGCUAAGUCUUUGAUUUGUACACAUGCUUAGAUCCAUUUUUCUGAUUAUUCGUCAAGUAUUCAUGUUACAUCUGUACAUGGUAGUUGUGUUGUCUCAUGAAUAUUUUGUUCCCCCUGUGAUUUCUCUCCUCUGCAGCAAAUUGACACCCUGCUCAGAUGUCCAGUUUGCUUCGACUAUCUCAAUAUCACAAUGAUAACAAAAUGUUCUCACAACUGUAAGUAACCAGUGGAGCAACAGUGAAUUCUUUUUAAAAAGUGCCAUUAGAAGUGAAGCCAUGCCUUGAUCAUAUGAAGAACAAACCGAGCAAUUUAGGGAUCAGAAAUAUUUAGCUGUGAUCAUCCCACAGACGUUAAAAAUUUAUUUUUGCAAUUGAUUUCCAAUCCAUAAGUUUAGAGAGGGUUUUAAAGAUUGAGGUUUGUUUAAGGUAGAGGGAAAGAAGAUGUUGAAUAAUAGUGCAAAUGUAGCAUUUCAAGUUUGGCAUCCAGCUUUUGUCUCUCCAUUCAUAACUCUAAGUGGGUAUAUACUAUGUGCUUAAAGGGAUAUUCCGGUGUAAAAUUAAUUUUGAGUCAAACACACUGUAACACUGAGUUAGACACCCCCUUGAGAGAUGAAUGUUGCCAACCGCUUGCUUCUCUAGUUAUACCAACUUAAGUAACAACCACAGGAUAGCAAUACACAACGGUCUGAGGAGCCAUAAACAAACCUCGACCAAAAAGCCACUCUAUAGCCACAAAUAAUGCUCAGAACAGCAACUAACUUCAUCAACAGUACAUAUAGGGUCCCAGCCAUAGCACUAGCCACCAAAUAUCUUUUUAACUUUGCUAAUUUCUUUUGCAAAGAGACUAAAUACAACUCACCUACUAUCUUCCCAUGGCAGCUUUUUUGUAGUGAGACCUCGGGCCAGUCCAUUACGGACUACAGCGGGGUGACGCAGCUCAGGGAAAAACAUUAGUGAUCAUCACUUUAUCAUUUCCUUGAAGUAACUAUCACCAUAUUAAUCAUUUUGCACUGCAGCUGCUGUAGUUCUUCUGCCUAAGCGUCUCGGUCUGAUUGCAUUUCCAUGAAGAAAUUAUCAUAAAUGUUCUUCCUUGAGCUGUGUCACCCCGCUGUAGUCCAUAAUGGACUGACCUGAGGUCUCGCUAUAAACAAGUGGCUGCUCGAAGAGAGUAGGUGAGUUGUGUUUAGUCUCUUUGCUAAAGAAAUUAGGCAAAGCUAAAAAAGAUGUUUGGUGGCUAGUGCUAUGACUGGGACCCUAUAUGUACUGUUGAUGAAGUUAGGUGCUGUACUGAGCAUUAUUUGUGGCUACAGAGUGGCGUUUUGGUUGAGGUUUGUUUAUGGCUCCUCAGACCGCCGUGUAUUGCUAUCCUGCAGUCGUUACUAAAGUUUUUAUAACUAGAGAAGCAAGCAAUCAGCAACAAUUAUCUCUCAAGGGGGCGUCUAAUUUGGCGUUACGGUGUGUUUGACCCUGAAUUAAUUCUACACUGGAAUAUCCCUUUAAGUCAGGACCAAUUAAUUUAGAUGCAUGUAUCUUCACUCACAUCUUGUUUUACAAGACCUUGCAUGCCUUUUUCUAAUUUUGCUUUGUGAUGUGUAAAUAAGCACUAUUUAGUUGUAUGACACUUUUUAAAGGUACAGCAUGCAGUGUUAGAAAUGGGAUAUAAUAUGUGUGUAUGUAUGUUACAGUUAGUUAAGAAGUAUAUAUUUUUCAAAAAUCAAAUGUUGUCUGUACUUGAAUUUAAACCUAGAUGAAUAGUUGUCGUGCUAACCAAAACGUUAAAUCUACUUUUGGGUGUUGUUUAUUUCACAGUUUGCUCCUUAUGCAUCAGAAAAUGUCUUUCCUACAAGCUGCAGUGUCCACUUUGCAAUACAGUAAGUAUGAAUCAGCAUAAUCAUUGAAGUCACACCUCAGAUCAUCAAAUGAGUGUUGGACUACAUCGUAACACAAUGUGUUAGUAGGUGAAAGAAGCAGGUUUACCUUAUGUACCAUUUUUUUUUCCUUUUAGGAAGCAACAGAACAAGAUUUAAGAAAUAAUCGUUUGUUGGAUGACUUGGUCAUAAACUUUCAAGCUGCAAGGUAAGCAGACGCUAGUGUAAAUGGUAAAUAUUGAACUGUCUCUUGUCAGACAGAAUUUUGUUUUUAAAUGGACCUGGGUGCAAACCGCACCAGCAAAAUUGAUUUUUAAACAGGGAUGAAAGUGAUCAGAACAAAUAAUGUAAACAUUAAUGAUUCUGCAGACAUCAGUUUUAAAUUGCUUUCAGUACAAUCUGUGACAAUCUGGCACAGAGUAAUCCCCAAACAUUUCAUGGCAUUGAUGCAAAAUUGAUGCUUCAAGCUGGAGCCACGAGCUGCAAGCUUGUUGGUUGUUUCUUGGCGAGCAAUAGCACAAUAGCAUUUUUCAUCUCUAUGCAAUGGAAUUCAAGUGUCAGACAUUUUGCGCUUUAGCACAGAUCACAGCAGUAAUGCACAGAUUAAAACAGUUUUUUAUAACAUAUUCUUUUCCUGUGAGAGACAAACUAAGUAAUUCCAAUAGCUGAUCCAGAAAUAAGACUCACUCCACAAUCCCUGUAAACCUCUUUACUAUGAGCACAGGUGCAUCGUCUGAACAUCUCUCUGUUUUUAUACAUUGAGGUUCUAGGGACGUUUACCGUGAAGAUUUCAGGGGGAUAUAGUUGUUAUUGUCAAGAUUAGAAUAAAUCCACAAGGGAACCAAUUUCAGUAUACUUCAAUUAACCUGCAUUUCAAAAGCACUUAUAAUUGCUUUGCAUUGAUCCGCACCUGGUUUUAUGGAUUGUCUGUAAAUCAAAUGGGGAUUUUGUUUUAAUAAGCUGGGGUUGUGCAGUGUUGUCCAUGUAUUGCACUUCUCCCUGUGUUGUAUAGCUUUAGGGCUGUUGAUUUUUUUCAGAAGAUCGGGAUAUAGGAUAAAGGGAGCAGUAUCCUGACUGAGCUGGUCUAAAGGAAAUUUCUUUUUCCUUUUAAAUUGGAGUUUUUUUCCUCCUGUGACAUUCAUCACUGCGUAGGAAAACAUUUUCUUUAAUGUCUGGUUAUUGGUAGCUUUGACCACACAGGUGCAGCUUACAGCUUGCACUUAUUGAUUUUCUUGGCCAGACUUAUAAAUGUUUGGAUGUUUCAUGCUGUUGUUGUGAAGAGUAAAAACAACCACCUCCAAUUUGGGGGUACAGCUGGACAGCCGUGUGCCCCCUGGUGAUGAUCUCUUACUGAUCAUGUGGACUCUUUUCUGUCUCCCAGUCAUUCUUUUUCCUGUCGAAUGAAAAAUAACAACAGAGGAGGAUAGAGGAAAGGUCUCCUUAGGGUCUUACUCUUGCUAUUACAGAAAUACAGUGUUUCCCCUAAAAUGUGUGUUCCCCGCCCUGCCAACAAGAUCCCAACCUAGAAAUUGAAGUCAAAGAUGCAUUUGAUUUUUAUUUUUAUCAAAAUGGCCUGUAGAAAAUAAUUUGCCCAAUUUCAGACUCUGAAGCUCGCAAUCGUUUCAUUACUUUCAAGAAAAAUGUAUCUCUUUGCUCCUGUGCGAGGAGCAGGGCCCGCCGCUUGCUCUCUCUGUCUGACAAUAUACACGCGUGCUGACAUGCCGCAUGGCGUAGUUCAGAGGUGCGACAUGUCAGCACCACUGAUUCUGGUAUUCUGGUCGCGAGUGCUUGCCACUCAUACCCUGCUAGUUUUGCGCAGGAUGGUUUUGACAACCCGGGGUUCCGGCUUCUUUCCAUCGUGUUUGCCGCCAACAAAACAAUAAAAAAAUCCGUCAUGGAGCAUCGAGCUGUCCCCGAACCUUCAACACCCCAGUUGAAAAUAUCUGCAUUCUUCAAAAGGACGCUUCGUAGUGAUACAGACGCCACACAUUCUCUUGUGGAUGUUGGCUUAAGCAUCUCUCCCAGCCCCCAAAACAGCGCUGACUUAUCUCCCACCACCCUGUGUGGACAUACAUCAUACGGAGUGACGUAUGUCUAUGUCAUACGCCCCCCUCCUCCACCACCAAAACACUGAAAUAGAAAAGGGUCUUUUGAUGCUUUUGACUGACCUGUCUUGUAGGGUGCCUUAUGGCUGUCUCUCCUUUAAGGGAAAUUAAUGACAAAAAUGCUGUGCAGACACCCACUUUUAGUGUAUCACUCUGCGUUUCCCCUGAAAAAUAAAAAGCAAUACAACUCAAACCAAAAUCAUCAGAAUUGUUCAGACUUAUGUAAAUCUAAUUUCCCUCCUUCUAUCCAUCGUCAAUGUUGUUAAUAUGCUGAAAGGUCUCCCCCCAAACUUUGGAGCCUGUGAUUUUUAUCACAGUUGUGAGUGAGUGCCUUGUGUAGCUGUGCUUUCCUGAGUUUUUUAAUUUCCUGUUGUCUAGAAUUGAGUGUCUGAAACCCGUAAAUCCUUGACAGAUAACUGUCGUAAACUCACACUGUUAUGUGGAAAUAGACUUGUCUCAAACAAAUGACCUUUCUUUUGGAUCAAUUCCUUUGUCCUUGACAAAGUGUUUAACUUUUAAUUAAUGAUUAUUUUUAAUGAAUGGCUAUUUCUUUUACAUUUAAACCCUGGACCUGGGUCAAACCUUUUUAUGAAAUAUCUUCUUUUUGAAGCUUUCCAUGUCAAUAUUUUCAACUUGAACAAGUUUGUUUUGAUUGGAUCUGUCAUUUGCUUUCUCAGUUUAUGUCUUUCUCGCUGUUUAAGUUGAUGGGAAACGCUCCAAUGGGUAUCUGUCGGCCACUUGUGGUAAUUACUAGCAUAAAAUUGGAGGCUUAUUUCACAAGCCGAGGCUUAGUUGUCAUUGCAGAGCAGAAUGUUUGUAUCACUCUGGCUCUGAAAAAGAGGCUGUACUGUGUAAAAUGGUGAUAAAAACAGAUUUUGUCGGUUUGCAAAUCAUUUGCGCUCAGUAUAAUUUAGAAAAAAGAAAAAAAACGUGAGGUAUUGAAAAUGAAAGAGGUAAUUGUUUAAUGAAUAAUAUAAACUCAUUUUAUAUUUACUGCAGCAGUACCAUUCUAAACGUUGUGCCAUGAUUCUUGACUGGGUGGUCUGGACCCAGAAUUUGAGCUGUCUUCAGCAGGUUCUGGAUAGGGCUGAAAGAUGUGUCAUGAACCCAGCUAUAUUGAGUCAUGAACAUCCAAGGCAGUAAUUUCGUAAAACCAAUGAUACAGAUUUUCCCUGAGUGAGAAUAACCCACAGUUAUAUCAUAUGGUGCUCAUAUCAAGAUAUCUGGCAUAAACAUCGAGAUAUAAAAUGAUGUCCAAAGUGUUUAGCCUUUGUUUUGGGUUAGGGUUAGUGUCCAUGCACGGUAGUUAUUUUUUACACUCCAGCACCUUAAUGCUUGUUGCCACUCAACAGUUAAAGAAAUUUUAGAAAUUUGGGUCACAUACAAGUAUAUAAUACUUGAGAACAUACAAUAACCUUUUUUGUGGAGUUAAUGCUGUAUUUAUUUAUUUUUUCCAAGAGGGGGUAUUGUCUUUUUAUUUUGCCUUUAUAUUGCCCCUCUUAUCACAUCUUAGCAACUUGACAUGGUUUAGAGUUCAAAAACAUAUUUCAGGCUUCUGUCUUUGAAAACCCUUGUAUCAGUCUCCGUCUGAGAUGCUUAAUUUAAGCCACUGUCCCUUUAAGGACCCCCCAGCAUUCCAGAACCCAGCACUCUGGAAGCCUCUGUCAUUGUUGUCUUGCAGUUCAGUUGCGUUUCUUUUUAUGAAAUGACAAAUUUGCCCUUUUAGGGAGAUUCACUGUCUGGUGAUGUCCUCAUCUGAGCAAGUCUCACAUUGGUCUAAUUGAAUUCCUAUGUGACUUUUUGAACAAGCCAUUCAAGAGCAACCCUGUCAGAGUCCAAUCUGGGGAUAAACCACACCAAAACACACAUAAACCUCCCAAUCUGAAACUUUGCUCAUGUAUAGUACUGAUAUUUAACAUUUUAUCUUAACAUUUGUUUUGAAACUGAAAAGAAAAAAUAAUAACUCAUUAAGAAAAUUGUAAGGUUUAGGUACAUCUUCACCGUAUUUGGUCAGCUGUAUUUUAAGUUAAAUUGAAUAUAUGGACCAAGGAUAUUUAGGGAGAGUAUUUGGACAAAAUGGUGAAUGUACAGAGGUGCGUGUGAGUGUGUGUCAGUUUCUGUGUCUGUGUGCAGAAAAAUAUUUGUAUAAGAUCCCCUACCUUGGCAUCAGAGGUGCUAUUGUUUCUGUUUUUGCUUUGAACACCCAGUUCUAAUUAUAAAAGGUUAUUGUAAGGGUUAAAUAAGGAAUCAAUAUUGUGGGAUUAAUUGAAUUAGUGUGUAUUAGUGAAGUAGAUAGUAUUGACUUGCCUCUGGCUGUUUGGGUUAUUUUCUACAGGUCUGGCUUUUGUUGUUUACUAGGCUUGAAUCUGGAAGCUUAAACUUCACUUCUGCCUUCACACAGUGUUUGGAUCAGACAGUGAUAACCAUUGUAUAUGUAAAAGUGUUUAUUGUUAUUUUUUAAUCCACUUCAUAUACUGUAAAUCUUAUUCAUUUGUUGGUUAUUUGUCAUGGUCGUUUGAAAUGUGGAUUGGGAGUCACUGCAAACCCUUUGAAUCCAUUUCAGUCACAACACCCUGAAAGACAUGGUGUAUAUAUUAGGAUUAAGCUCCAAGUUGUCUCUUAUUUGAAAUGAGUUCAAGCCAAGCCAGAGCACUCAUUAAGUUUAUUUUCUGAAGUGCAGUCGUAGAGUAUCCUUUUUUUUAUUAUGGUGUCAACACUAGAGAACAAUAACUUAAACAAAGUAUACUAGUGUCCUGUCUUUGUCCUUGAAGCUUUAAAGUUUUCAUAGAUGUUCAAUUUAUCAGCCCAGUCUUAAUGGGCAGAUAAUCUUGAGCAUCAUCUACAAGGGAUGUUGCUUUGGUUUAUUUCUUGCCUAAAUGUCCUCUUAAACUUUGAUUUAAGAGCACUAUAACAAAAUCGAGGAGAUACACUUACCAUAUAAGGCAUAAUAAAAAAGUAUAACGCUAGUGUACCUAAUAAAACAAAAUGUUUGUUUGUCAUUUUGCAAAGCCAAAUGAACAUAGACAUUUGUCAUAGCCCUCUGAAUAAGUACAGUAACAGUAGCCAUGUUUACAUGGGCAAAAUUUCUUGAUCAGAUAAAAAAUUUGCGUGAUUGGAUAAUCUGAAUCCACUGUUUACAUGGGUGCAAAAUCAAAUAAUCUGAUCAUGAUGUGUGUAUACAUGCACCAAGCUUUAUUCAGAUUAGAAGCAUUUGAACAUGCGAGUCACGAUCAGAACAAGUGUUUACAUCGACGCAUUUCGGAAUAACGAUCGGCAUAAACCAUCCCUCUCGAUAAGACUACAAUUUUUUUCUGAUUGAGCCAAAUUGGAUCGGAAUCUUCCGAUCGACAUGUUUACAUGAUGCAUUUUUAUUCUGAUCGGGCAUUUUUAUUCCGAUUGUUUGUGUCCAUGUAAGGGCAGCACAUGUCACAAUUAUCAUGGACAAAACAAUUCACAACAAUCAUAUGUAUUAUUACAGUAUUUACUUUAUUGACAAAUGACCAUGGCAUAUAGAAACAAUAAGCAGAGAACAACAACAAGCUAAAUAGCCAGGGGUGUGAUGCAUUAACUUGUUGAUGCUAUUUACUCAAGUUGAGUAAAUAUAUUCAGUUAUCUGAUCUAUGUUUAUCUGAUUACCUGAUGAUCAGAUCCAAGCUCUUUCAGCUUCUCCUGCAAAGAUCUCCUCACAAACAUCUUUUUUCUUUGGUAAAGUUUCUUUCUGAAUAAGAUUAAUUUUUUCUUGGGUUCAAAAUUUCCUCCCAUGACAAUGAAGCCAGAUUUACCUCAUCACCGCAAGCUUCUGUCUUUCUGUCUUAAUCAACAGGACUUCACCCCUUUUCUACCCUCUGGAGGUGUGUAAUGAACCUUGGGUGCAAUUAAUUAAGAGACAAAAUCACAUCAUGCAGUAAAUGUCACGGCAUAACUAUGUGCCACUACCUUUGAACACAGAGUGUCCUAAUUAUGCACCGGGCUUGAUCUUUAAAAAUAAGGUCUUAUAUGCUCUUCUGACAGGUGUGAUCUCCAUGGUAACAGCCAGUAAACCACCUGCACUCAGCGAUAUUUAGAACCAUUUGACACACUACGGAUAUGGAAAAAACCCCUUUGCUCUAAUGAGGCAGAAACAGUAACAUCUAAUGGCUGUGAUGUAAGAUUAUCGAACAGUUAAACUAGCAACUGCGGAGUCAUAUUGCAGUUAGCACUGAAAAUGAAGAAUAUGUUGAAGAUAAACAGCAGGGAUCAUAGUUAAGUAACUACGAAGUGCCUCUAUUCACUUCUAAACUCAUGAUUAUGAAGGCAUGGCUUCAUUGAGGUUUUUUUUUCCUUUUUUUCUUCCCCUAAAUAUUCAAAUAAAUCACACUUGGAGAACCUAAAAUGAGGCAUUGUUGUUGCUUAUUGUCUGAGCUGUAUGCCAUGCCAUUGAUUAAUGGUGGGAGGAGAUCAUAUUUCUUCAGGGUCUUUGUGUAGAGAAGGAGGUCUUUCCACAUCCCAUUUGUGCAGAGCCGCUUUGAAAACAGCUUGUAUGAAUUGCCAGCGUGUGUGUGAGUGUGAAUGUGUGCAAAUGUGACAAUGAGCGCAAAUAAGUUUUAAGUAUGGAAAGGUGAACAUCACACACCUCAUUGGUUCCAUUUUAUUGCUAAGUAAUGGCCCGGUUGCAAUUUGUUUGCUUUCCACAUUUCCAAGGGUAAAGCCAAGAAGAAGAAGAAGAAGCACAGUUUGUCUCACUCUGUGGAGAGGGAAGGAGAUAAUUGAGUGGGCACAGUUAGCCUUGAAGGGCUCUCAACAGUAUUUAUCGACAAAUACCGCUCCCAUCAUUUUAGGGCCUGUAGUAUAUGUGUUAAACCUAUGCAAUUAUAUUGUGACUACACUUUAAUGACCUUAUAAAUCAUUUUAAGUAUAUAAUUUCUUUUCGUGGAGACUCAGAAUGUGCUGCAUGAACUAGCCUGGAUUUUGUCUUUUCAAAGGGGCAUGGUUGACUGCGUGCUGUAAUUAUAUGCUGCUCACGUAUAUUACUCACAUGCACUUUGCCUUUCCUUUUUCUUUUUCCAGGCAGCAGUUGUCAAAAGCAAAUUUUGACUCUCCUCCAAUCUCCCCUAAGACUCCAGCUUCAGCUGUCAAGUGCAAAACUCCCAGAGAGAAAGGCCAGAAGUCUAACAGCACCGUUUUGAGUCAAUUUUUCCAAAAGAGGCCUAAGACAUCUCUGUUCAAGGAAACCGAACAGGAAAGUUCUGCUGCUCAUGGUGCUCAGCGGGGACUACAGACAGCAAGCAUGCACAAUGUAAACAAUACAGAUUUACAUUCGGCAGCUGCCCCACUUCCAGUGAGAGUGAAAGAGGAGCCGAUGGACACUGAGGUGGGGUCCAUCCAGGGUUAUACGUCAAUCAUAAAGGAAGAAACAGUCUCACAUAGUGUCAGUGUGGGGCUUGAGAUCGCCCAUUCCUCGUCACUGCUCACAGAUGUCAAGCCCGUAAUCAAAGGUGAAGACUUUCUAUCUGUAGGUUGAGUGUGUGUUUCUCAGUAUGAUUGUCCAUUUACUGCCUCAGAAACUGGCAAUCUUACUUGUUUGCUAUCAAAAAGUGACAGAAAUCCCUCUUUAAAGGUGUAGAAGCAGGAAAAGAAAAGUACAGCAGAUGUAAACUUGUUUUGGUUGCCUCUGCAAUCAGCAUCCUGCAGCCGCAUACCAGCAGUCAGCUCCUUUGUUAUUUUCUCUUUCUAUUCAUUAUAGAAGAAGAAGGCAUGCUGUUUACCUUUUCAGGGGGUUUGACACAAGAACAGAGGGUUUCAUGUCCAAUGAAUACAAACUACACUUUUAAAUAAUGCCAAAAGUGAAUUUAUUUGAUUUAAAAUGAGCAACAUUCAUCGUCUCGCCAGGAGCAACCGGUAUGACAGAGCGUGUACAUAAAACAGUUGCAUGUUGUAAAUGUUUAAUAAACUUUAUGCACACACUUUUCAGCCAAGGAAACAAUUGAGUGACUGCAAGUUAACGCCAGGCAACCUAAUAAAACUGUUAGCUUUUCUAUCAUAAUUAAACAGAACAAUAUUAUCGAUGAUGUAAGAAAACAAAAAAAGGAAAAUAACUUUUUUUUAGUUCUAAUAACCUCGUGGACUACAACUUAAUGAGUUUCCUUCUGAGUCGGAAAUUCUGGCACUGUGCCUUUUUAUUUUGUGGUCUGAUAUUACAUAAAAUGUUGCAGGCAGGGGAGUGGUUUGCCCUCUCAAUGGAAUUUAAUAUGACCAAAGCACCUAAAAAAGAUUGAUUGUUUGAAAUUAAAAAGCUUCUGAUAUCGUCUUGUGAAUCUCUUUGCAGUGGAGUGCCCUGUGUGCUCUGUUGGGGUGCUGCAGCAGUUCAUCAAUAAGCAUCUGGACACGUGUCUGACCAGAGGAGAGAAGAAGGAUAGCUUGAGGAGGUAACAAGCUACUGCACUUAAUGGACCUCCUUAGGGAAGGCUUUGUGUUGUUGUUUUCUCAAUACUCAAUAAGGAGACAGCGUUGGUGUCAGAAAUGCUUCAUAGUUUUUCUAAAGGCCAAAAUCACAAGAAAAGUGUAGCAGCACAUCAGUGCUGCAGUGAGAUGCUCUGUAAAUGACCUCAAUCUGAAGUUAGCAAUUCCAGUGGAUGAUGUUUGUAAUUUGCAGAUUUUUAAACUUGUCAGUUCUUGGUGUUUCUUUAAGGAAGGGAAUUAUGUUCAUCGGUUGGACAUAAGUUGGUAAUGCAAAUUAAAACUGCUACAGGAUGACCAGAAGCCUGAGUAUUUCCAUUAAGUAACAUAAGACCAGAUGAUUUAGAUUUCACUUGUAUUGACAUUUCUGUCCUCAAUCAGCUCCCUUGUUUUUGGGGCUUAGUAGCUCAAACACCUUUAACCAUAAAUGAGGCAAAUGUUGUCGCUAGCAUUGCUACCAUUAAUAGUUUAAGUUACUCUGUAAAAAUGAACAACUUGGAGAUACAGUUGCCUGGGAUCUUGAUCUACAUUUCUCAUAUCAGAGAUGAUUGGGGCUCAGUGUCUCCUCAGGCUGCUGUCACAUCUGUGUCUGUUAACCAUGAUCACCUACUGACUUUUUGGACCACCCUGGAUUAGACAUUGACAUUUAUGCCUCAGUGUUGAAUAAUUUGAUGCUAAUGGAAACUAAUGUUUUUGCUGCUGUAUCGACAGGCAGGAAUAAUAUCCAGGUGACUCCUUCCCUAUAAGACCUGUGUGAUCAGUUUGUUCAUAGCUUUGUUUUUACUGAUGGUAGGCCUGUCACGAUAACAAAUUUUGCUGGACGAUAAUUGUGCUACAAAUUAUUGCCGAUAAACGAUAUUAUUGACACCGUUUUUUAAAUUAUAGAUUAUGAUAUUAUAUGGCAUAAUAAUGCGAGUACACCGUGUCAAAAGUGAUAAACUUUAAUUUCCGCUGUCUGUCAGCGCGCACCAUUUUGCGCUGUUUUGUUUAUAUUUGCUUUGCUUACCAAACGCUUCAGUAAGCGUUACCUGUCGGGACGAUGGCUCCGCAGCACCUCCGGCGGUACUUUUUUUGCUCAGUUGAGAAAAAUGGAGGGGAUGAUUGUGCUUGAGGUGCACAUGCAUGUUCGUCGUAUUCCCUUUCUUUGUCACCACAACUUUGGAACAAAUACGACAUAUCGGCUCGUCUGUAUUUGUGGGCUCACCUCUUUUAUUUGGUUUAAAGCAGUGUUGUUUUCGUCAUAUUUCGUCAAAUAUUUUCGUCAAAUAUUUUCGUCAACGCCAGCGUCAAAAAAGGGAAAUAUUGUAGUCAACGAGAACACUGGUUGUUUUCGUUGACUAAAUAUUUCCCUUUUCUUCCACGACGAAGACGUAACGUUGACGAGCUAAACAUAAGUCAGAGAUGACUAAAAUGUGACAAGACGAAAGUGUGUUUACGUUGACGGGACGAGACGAAAAUGACAGAGUUGCAAAACUCAGUCAGUUAAACGCUCAACAUAUAGGAGCAGCUUCAGUCCGCUCUGACAGCUCUCAUCAGCCUGCUGUGCUCCUCCAACACACAGACACACACGCGCGCGCGCACAAACACGUGGAGUUUUGUGGUUGACGAAAACAAAACUGAUUUAAAGCCGAAAUAUUCCCACACUUGGGCUGUUGCGUUCGGUUUAGACACCAAAGCUGUCGUGUUCAUUCUGUUUGCUUGCUUUUCACUCACGACGCUCACUUGCAGCACUGUAUCCAAAAAGUCUGUGUCUGUGUGCCUGUGCGCGCCAGCCCCGUCGUGACAAAGACACUGAAUGACUGACAGGAGGGUUCACUAACUCCGUUCAUUCCGCUAUAGAGCCAACGCCCCCAGGUGCCGAGAACAAUGCGCAGAGUGAGACCUCUUCUCUCAUCCAGCGUGUUUGGUAGCGAGAGAGGAGGACGCACGCACGUCAAUUAUCGAGGCUGGCAAAAUGACCGACCUCGUUUUUAUUUACCGAGCGAUAAGGCGAUUUAUUGAUUAUCGCGACAGGCCUAACUGAUGGAAAUUGGCACUAUGGGGCUUUGAUCAAUGAGAAUCAAGUACUUAAUACAGCCAGAUAAUAUUUGGUAUUUCUAAAUGUCAUAGACCUAAAAACAAGUGAUCAGAUUUAUAAAUAAUGAAAGAGAUAUUCCGGUAUAAAUUUAAGUUAGGGUCAAACACACUGUAACACCUAGUUAAACACCCCACCGAGAGAUGAAUUUUGCGGACGGCUUGCUUCUCUAACCAACUUUAGUAACGACCGCAGGAUAGCAGUACACAGCUGCCUACGUCUCCAUGUGCAAACCUCAACCAAAACGCCACUCUAUAGCCACAAAUAAUGCUCAGAACAGCACCUAACUUCAUCAACAGUGCUUAUUGGGUCCCUUUAGUACAGCUGCUUGUUUGUGAAGGAGCCCCGACGAGUUGAUCACCGAAUGCAGCAGAGUUUUGUAGCUCAAGGAAGAACAUUUAUGAAUAUUACUUAAUGGCAAUGCAAUCUGAGUUCUUGUGUAUCUUGUAUGUGCACUGCAGAUGCGGUAGUUUUUUGGACUUAGUGUAAGUAAUAAUCAUAAAUUGCUCCCUGCAUUUGGUGAUCAACUCGUCAGGGCUCCCCCACAAACAAGCGGUUGCUGGAGGAGAGUGGGUCAGUUCUGUUUGGUCUCUUUACUGAAGAAAUUAGGCAAAGCUAAACAGAUGUUUGGUGGCUAGUACUAUGGCUAGGACCCUAUAUGUACUGUUGAUGAAGUUAGGUGCUGUUCUGAGCAUUAUUUGUGGCUAUAGAGUGGCGUUUUGGUUGAGGUUCGCAUGUGGAGCCAUAGACCACUGUGUAUCGCUAUCGUGCGGUAGUUACUGCAGUUGGUAUAACUAGAGAAGCAAGUAAUCGGCAACAUUCAUCUCUCAAGGAGGUGUCUAACUCGGUGUUACAGUGUGUUUGACUAUAACUUAAAUUUAUACUGUAAUAUCCCUUUAAAUGACGAAUGUGUAUCAUAGCAGCAGAAAGGCUUUGAAGCUAGUUCAACAUGCAAACCUAAAGGUUUCUAAUGAAACACGAUGCACAGACUUUUGUUGUGGUAUGGCCAACAACCAAUACUAAAUACCAUAAACUAACUUAAAACCUAACUUAUUGUGGAGUGGAUCACAACUGGAGUUCUAGCAGACUCUGAGUGCUUCACACUAUAAUAACAGUCCUGUCCUGUGCCACUCCCUUCAGCAGCCAGUCUUUGAAUCAUGCCCGUUUCAUAUUAAAUGUACGGCAGUGUUUUUGCCAUCCCAAGCUUGAAAUAGAUCUGAAUUUAGUGGACUGCAGACUCUACUGCCUGAGCAAAUGGAAUAUUAUCUCGCAUAUCCAUCUUUUUCUUAGGACACACUUCACUAUGAUAUAUAAAGUAGGGCUCAACUGGCUUCAUUAUAACACUCCGCCUGUUUUUUAUCUUCCUCUUUCUGAGAUGAUGGUGUUCACCCAAGUGCAUGCUCCUUUCUGUGAUGGCUUGCUACAGAGCUAUUGUUUGAUUUAAGUGGUAAAAUUAUUGCAAUAACACAACUACUAUUACUAAUGGAAGUGUGGUAUUACCACAAACUUGGCUACGGGACCAGGUCUUUAUCAGAGUGUGGCUCACGGAUCCUUAUGAGUGGCCUUGUUAAGAAAAAGCUAAGAAAAGGCCAUUCGAGGACCCAGGCAGAAAUUAUGAGGUCCUGCUAAUGAUUGGUUAUAUUUGUGUAUUAGAGCAACACACUUCAUCAGGAGCAGAACUUGGUGUCAUAAUGAUGAAUGCCAGAGGUUUUUAAUAUUCUAGCUGUUUGUUGCCAGCUAUUAUGAGAAGGCUUCCUUUCACCUACAGUUUUAAUAACUCACAUUAAAUGUCUCGUAUUCGGGAUAAAAUUUCAAAUGUAGCUAAAACACAAAAACCCACAGAUAAAAACAGGGCUGUGGAUCAUCAGAGGUCUGAUCCACCACAGGUUGACAAAUGGCGAAUCCCCAUCUGUUAAUAUCACUUUGUCAUGAGCUCUGCAAAUGUGGCUACUGUGUGAUAUAUCGGAUUAAGCUGACAUUUUCAUCAUUCUUAUUCGGCUUAUGAUGCCCAUCUAUCCAGUGCACUGAGAUGCCCUCCAAUAGACAUUCUCGAGUAACAUCUGAUGCUCAAUGAAAAAUAUCAGUCUCCUUGUGUCAGUUGCAGUUCCACUGGCAAGGCGAGGCGUCCAAUGGGGAAGGUGGUGUACAACCUUCUCUCCAUGCAGGAGCUGAAGAGGAGGAUGAAGGAGUGCCAUCUGUCCACACAGGGCACACGAGAGCAGAUGAUCAAAAGACACCGGGAGUUUGUUCAAACUUACAACGCCCAGUGUGAUUCUCUAAACCCCAAAUCAGGUGAGAAUAAUACAGAAUAAUAAAUACUUUCAUUUCUUUUAUUUCACCUUUGUUUAGCCAGGUUUGUCUCAUUGAGAGCUGAGAUUUUUCCCCCAGAUCUUUCUGACCUAACUAACCCACUAAGCAAUAGACUGCUAUUAGACAUCUAGUUUUUUAUUUAGAUCCAAUUUCAACCGUCUAGAUUCUGUAUAUUUUUCAAUGGAAUUUAGACGUUGCACUUUAACCCAUUAUUCGAUAACUAUUUAUUUCAAAAAGCAACUUUGAGUUGCAUAACUGAUCUCCAAGUGCUUAAGCAAAAUAAUUAUGAUAGCUGUUGAGCAAUAUACAGUGUAGUAUAAAUAUAGCCCAGAUUUAGAUUUAGUCUAAACUUGGUCUAAAUUUAGACGUCUAAAAAAACAUUCAUUUUUAGACCUGUGGUAGCCUGAUUUUAGACCAGUCGUCUACAUUUAGAAGUCUAUUAGAACGCUUUUAGACCAAAAAAUACUCAGUGGGAAGAAUUGCACAUGCACACAGAUUCAGCACUUCAACCUUUACCUGUCAAAUUGUUAAAAUGAUCAUCCAAAACAUUUGCGCAGAAAAACCCGAGUUCCAGAUUUUUCUUGAAGAGUUGAAAGACAUUCACGGAAAUCGAAGUUUUGUAGAGUAGAGUAGCAAAUUUUCUAGGAAAAGAUGGAAAACCUAAAAGCUCUCUUUUCCUCUUCACUUUGGACUUUUGGUAUGACAAAUAGUACAAUACCUUUAGGUUAGUACUGUGAUGGAAUACAAGUAAUUUUUAAAUACAGGCUAUCUGCAGGGUAUUAAAAAGUCUUAAAAUGACUAAAAUCAUAUAAUUUGAAUUUAAGGCCUUAAAAUGUCUAAAAUUCUCAUAAAAUCUCAUAAAAUGUCUCAUAUAUGAUUUUGAAAGGUCUUAAAAAUAAAAUGAAUAACGUGCCAUAGGAACAAAGAUUGAUUUGAAGUAAUGUAAAAUGUUCCCAUUUCCCUUCAUGUCUUUUGUACUUUUUUUGACAGAAUGGAUGAGGUUUUAAAUUGUAUUCAUUACAUUCUUUAAAAUGUCUUAAAUUUAACUUGUUGAAACCUGCAGAGACCCUGUAAGUGUUUAAUAAUAUUUAACUAGCUUUUAGUACUGAAGAAAGUCCAGCUAUUGAUAUAAUCACAACAAGAGACUGAGUCCUCUUCUUGUCAAAGCCAGAGUCAUAAAAUGUAGUUGCUGAUCUUCAAAUGGGACAAAAGUUCUUUUUCUGAAGAUUUUAACAGAUAAAGCACGAACUUCUUCAAUCUUAAAGACGUUUUGAGUUUACUGGUGCUCCCACGAAUUCCUCAAUAUUGAACAGCAUCCUCAAGGGGAUGAAAUCUUUUAUCUGCUUGAUAAUGCAGCUUUCAUGACAGGCAAUAUUUGCAAUCUUGAGAGUGAUAAAGACUUAUCUGUCCUCCGUCAGCUGAAGAUAUUGCCAAAGAGGUGGAAGCCAAUGAGAAGAUCAAGAAUCAGCUGCAGGGAAAAGCAAAACCUGUGAGUACUUACUGCAAUAUUGGAAAUGUGCAAGCUGGAAGACUUGAAAUGUUUUAUUAUUUUUCCUUUCAAAUUCAUCCUGUGGAGAUUUCUAGUUAAGCUCCAAUAGCACUUUAAAGCAGCAAAGGGUCCUGCUUGUACUCUGUUAGCUGGAGUAUUCCACAUAAAACAGAGGUGAGGAGGGAAGAGAUUUACACUGAACAUGUUGGUUCCAUCUCCACUAUAGUGUUAUUUUAUUGGCACUCGUCAGAUUUAAAGGAAAUGAAUGAGAGUCAUACCUUUGAGAGCUUUCAGCUCGCAUACAUUUCUUGAAUGUUGGUCCCGAUGGUAGAAACUGAUAUCAAUCCAUCCUCGUCUUUUACAGGUGAUGGUUUUCUCAAAGAAUCAGUCUGAGGUGGAGAUUGAUCAGGUGCAUUCAAACUAUAGUAAGUGAUAUCAUUUCAAGAAUAUGUAUGUCUUUUUAAAAAUCAUUUACUGAUACCUGUAGAGACUGAAACACCAUAGCCUGGCUGGGUCAUCCAGUUGCCGUUCCUUCCCACAACAGUCUGGACUUCGGCCAAUUGGGAGCCCUAAAAGUGGGCGGGAGUACUUUCCUUGAUAGACAGACUACUGUAACCAAUCACCGUAACCAAACAUCUGACGUCAUCACAGUGCGCAACUGUGUUCCCUGCUGGACUCUCAAGCAUCAAGUAAAGGUCUGGUAAUAUUUCAACGUGUACGAGCAAACAAUGUCUUUAACAUCUUCUUCUGUGGAUAUAAAUGAUUUCUGCCGACUUUGCAAAGUCAACUGCAGAAUUAACGGCGUUCUGAAUGAACGGGGCUUUGAAAAGUCCUGCAGCAUGUGUUAGACGUCACCAUCUACACAUGGACCAAUCAGGGGCUGCCUUUCCCUGUUGUCCGUGGAACAGUGGAAACACAGUCACUGAUUGGCCCGGUUAUUUUCUGAGUUCUAAUACAUGCUCCCAAUUUGCUGAAGUCCAGACUGUUGUGGGAAGGAACAGCAAGUGGUUUACGCAACUGGAUGGCCCAGCCAGGCUAGAAACACCAAGCUGAAGGGUAAAAAAUGAGUGACAAUACAAGUCAGAUGAUGAAAAUGUAAAAAGUUGAGAUAUUCAGCUGAGUGCUGUCUGUAUAUUUAAAGAAAGAUGUCCAAUCUACCUGUCAAACACAAAUAACUCUCUGCUUUUUUACACUCCUUUAUAUAUUCUAGAGGAAAUUGCCUUUUUUGUUUACAGUUUUGUUCCUUUUCCCCUUCCAUACCAGGGCUCUUGCACAUUCUUAGAUAUUUUUUAAUGUCAUAGAUGUAAUUUUUCAAAAUAGAAGAUCAAUAAGUCUUAGGGCAAUAGGUCUUAAUUUUUAAAAGGCACUUUGACUGAUGUAUAUCUGAAUAUUUGUACAAAUCUGUAUCAUUUUAGUAAGCAUUAUCUGAUUUUAUAUUUCCUUUUUGGAGGAUUUGCUUGUUCAUGUAAUAACAGUGUACGCAGCAGUACCCAUGUACAAACCACAAAGCUAAGAGAAGGAGAACUUGUUUAAGGUAACUUGGCUUUAAGAUCAUCAACACAGAACGGUCGACAAGGACAAACAAAGAUGAUUUGCAGGAAAAGCUUUUAAACUUGUGAUUUAUUGUUAAAAGCCACACACUGGUGUUUAUUGCUGUUUGUUCUGCUGUGCUAAAAUGUAUUUAUCUCUGUCUUCAGUCUUGAAAAGGUCUUCAAAAGUCCUAAACUCUUUUUUCAAAAAGUGUGCAGUAACCCUGGGCUAUAUUUCCUUGUACUUAAAAAGCUGGAUUGAGAGCUCUCUGGUGUGAUUUUCCAUUCUCCUGAGGUACACAGAGUCUCUUGGUAGAAUUUAAGGUUGCUGAGUCUUGCUGAGCACAUCUGUGAAUUAUAUCACCACUUUUUAAUAAAAUGCUAGCCAGUACAAGCAGGCAAUACAAAACGCCAGUGUUUAAAUUAAGACGAGGCAGCAAAGCUAGAGAAGUACCUUUGGAUUAUUUAUUAAUGUUAUACCGCAAAUCUUAAUAAUGUAGGCAUUCAACAUGGACCUGCUUUUUAGCGGGUUACGUCAAACAAAACAAUGCCUAAGAUCAAACUUUUGGGCUUUUAUGCCUUUUAUUUAGAGAGGAUGAGGUGAAAGAGGAUUUAAUUAUCUUUAAAACCGUGUUUGAUUGCCGCACUCUGGAAAAGCUCACAGUGAUACUGCUUAAUGUUGAGAAGAGCAGACGCACACAGGCGUGGCGCACUCAUUGUGCAGUAUACAACUUGUAAACAUGGUGGAGGGCAGUUUUUCGGUUUUUCCGUGUUGCAGAGAUUGUUCUGCCGUCAAAGAAAACAAAGUCCGAAGUCUGGGCGUAUUUCGGCUUCUACAAAGGGUUGCGAGGGUUGUCAGAAAGCUUUUGUGCAUCCCAGCAAUCAGUGUGCCAUCCGAGAGACUAUUCAUCGCCAGCGGGCACAUCGUUUCCCCUCGCAGAUCACUACUCAAACCAGGAAAGUAAAUAUGCUGAUAUUUCUACAUUUCAAUCUGAAGUAGUGAACAAAGUCAGCAGCAGCACCUUAUGGUGGAGGAAACAGACAAUAGGUGUGGUUCAUUUGAUUUGUUUACAUAUUGUAUGUUCUUUUAAACACCUGAGGCCUGUACUACGAAGCUGGAUUAACACAUCCAGGAUAACUCUGCGACAACUCGCUCAACUUCACCGGAUCUCCGCGAUCCCGAUCAGCUGUACUACGAAGCCGGUUAUCAACUCGAUAACUGAAUCCAGGGGUGGCCACUUCAGAUCUGUGCGCUCACACGUAAAGGGGGGGGGUCAGUGCCACCGUACCAAUCUCCACAAUGGAGAAGGCUGCACGUCAUUUUUCACAGCUGAAGAACAGAGCUUUAUUUAAACGGUGAGACAGCCACAGCCGCUAAAAGCCAGAGGGACUGCUGGAAAAAAAAAUCACCGGUUGUGUAAAUUACAUUUGUGCGUUCAUAAAUUUAUGGCCCCCUAAUAUGUUGUCAUGCAGUGUGUGUGAUCACCUCCAUCAAUGACCUCAUUAUUUAAGAUACAACAGCAGUGGGGAAAAGAGUACGUGGGAGCAAAUAAAAAUAAAUCUAAAAACAUCCUUUUAAGUAGUUUGUAAGUUUAUUGGAAGAUUUUAUUUGUACAUAUUUCACCGCGUAAACAGUGUUUUCCUCACACUGCCUUUUUUCUUUUUUCUCCAUCAUCUGAUAGUCACAUGUCAUCUGCAGACACAUUUGGGGUUAAGAGUUUUCUAAUCUGCUUCAAUAAAUUCUGAAUGAUGACUGAAAUGCCGCAUGAAAUUGGAACCUGGAGCUUGGCAAAUAUUAGUGCAUUGCUUAGACUUCAUGCUACCUGAAUAUUGAGGCCGUCCGAGGAAAACCUGUAACGUUCAUAUAUAGAACAUCAGGUAAAUCAAAGGGGUUUGAACGAUCAUGAAUAUAACGCUCUCGGCGAAGCGCUCCUCUCACUAUCCGUGCAACGAUGUCCCCGGGAUCCGGCAAAAGUGGGCAAGCCAUUUUCCAAGAGAUCCGAUUGGUCAUCGGGCGGUCUUUUAUACCUGCUGAGAUCUUAUCCUGGAACAUAACCUGCUCUGGAGCAGGAUGCCGUUCCGCGUAAGUUACCGGGGCAACGGACCCGGAAAAAAAGAGAUCCACCUGAAAAUCCAGAAGUUAUCCAGAAGUUAUCUCGCUAAGACCAAAUCCAGCUUCGUAGUACAGGCCUCUGCACUACACAUUUGUUUACAUGUGGUUGUUUCAUAUAGUAGUGUUGCUCUGUAUUAUAUUUGUAAGAGUAGAUUUUUUUGAGCACUGAAGAUACUGACAAUUUGCACGAUAAGGAAUGUCAUUUUAUUUAAAUGUUAUUUAUUUGUUAUUAUGUUGAUGUUUAUGUCUCUGGCACAUUACUUUGUACUUUGUUAAUACUAGUAAUAGUGUUGAUUACCUCAGGCUCUUUUAAGGCCCCAUCUUUAAUUUUUUAAGCUUAUUGUUCCUCUCUUAUUUAAGGUUAAGGAAAAGUUCAUUCUGCAUGUUAUUUUGAUUAUUAUUAUUUUUUAAAUAAAACUGUGUUAAAUGAUUUCAGGGCGAGUAUAAGUACUUUUUAAACAUUUUGAACAUAUUCCAACAAUACCGUGAUAAUAUUGAUAACCGUGAUAAUUUUUGGUCACAGUAAUCGUGAUGUUAAAUUUUUAGAUCGUUACAUCUUUAGUAGGAACACCACAACCACAUAUGCGAACAUAAUUCGUGGGCUCCAAAGUAAAAGCAGUCAUACUGGCAACCUCGGUCCUGUCUGACAUUUUGAUCAGUUACGUCAGCGUUGGAUUUGUGUUUGAUAAGUAAUGUCUGCACAUGUCAAUCCUAACUGACACUGCAGCACUCACCUCUUAGCAGGCAUUACUAAUCAUUCACCACUCACUGUCUUGGUGCAUGAGUCAGAGAGAAAUGGAAAAUUAUUUGCACUUUAACAAAUGCUGAAAAAUACAAUCUGCCACAAUUGGAGUAUGUGCCACCAAAACAGUCAUAGUUUUGAACCCUGCUGUCUUUUGAAGGCUGUCUGUACAUAAGGCGCAUGAUUCACCAUGAGGCACCCAGUUGACUAACAAGCUUGUAUAUGAGAUAUAAUCAACCAUUAGACACACAAAGCACAAAACACCACAUAUAUUACAAUUCUUUUGAUUAAAAUUCUUUCUGUUUAUUUGAUGAGUUGUCACAGCAGCUGUUGAAUGUCUCAUCUUAGUUACACAUGUCCCAAAAAUGUCUCAAAAUUGAGAAAAGUUUCAGCAUCUUGAUAAUGGCCUGUAAUGACUACUCUCCCGACCAGACUGGAGGCCUUCUAAACAGCUGAUUGUUUUUCCCCCUCCAUUUCUGGGCAGACAGAUUAGUUGGAAAUUGCACUCUUGCAGGCUUGAAUCUUGCCUGAGAUCAAUCCAACAGCCCAAAAUGUGCAACAUCAUUUUUGGUGAGAGUUAAGUAAAUGUAGCACAGCAGUGUCAUGAAAGCGAGUCAGUGUGUCUCCCAGCUAUAAUUUCAAUCUUGGUUGGUUCAGUCUAGAAGCUGGUCCAUCAGGAGCCAGCCUCAUAUACCUUCCCAAGCACAUUGCCAGUUACAGAAAUGAGCAGAACUGCUUCAUCUUCAGCCAGAGAGGGAUUUCACACCGAAAAGUGUCUUAAUAUUUUUGCCAAUUUUGUAAGAAAAAAGUAUAUCUGGUUUUUGACACGUUUGUGUCAAAAACCCAAUAUACAUGCUUUGUCAAAAAUGUUUACAGGUUUUUUUUCUUCUCUGUUUGCACUCAAAGAUGUUCACUUAAGGACUUACUGAAGACAGUCACAGGGAUCUUGUCCAGCUGGGUGUUUUUGUCCUCAGGGCAGAGGUUGAGAAAGAGCAGCCGACACUAUUAUCCAGAGUCAUGUUGUCAUGUUUGAACAAGAUGAAAAAACUCAACUGAGCUAACUUUAAAAGUGUUUUUUAGAAAUGGAUGUGACUCACAGGAGGUGGGGUCUAAAAAUAGCUGCACUGCUGUGAUAACCUCUUGAUUUAUCAGAGGAGGAUGUGGAUGACUCACUCUGCCGGCACGGGGGAAUGGUGAAUGAGCAGACAGGAAGGUGAAAGCAGCACACGUGUAUGCACAAACACUGAAUCCAUCAGGUGCUAGAAGCUGUUUUUUUUUCUUUUUUUUCCUCAAUGUGACGGCGUGUUCUUUUAGAGCUAAUACAAUCAGAGACCGCUUGUUUAGAGAAACAUCCUCAUAACCAAGAAUAGCUUCAAAGAAAAACAUGGAAAUCCUGCUUCAUAAGGCCACCUCCAGGGAAGUUUGAAGUGUGUACGUGAGUCCCCGCUGUCAUCACGGGGAAGAACAUUUUGACUGGAAUUUCACCCUUUAUGGAGACUUGAUACUUCACACUUUUUGUUUUUCAAAUAUUUGCAUUAAACCAGGACAUGACAUCAAAACAUUUCCUGUGGUCCAAAGACAAACUGUAUGAACAAAAUUCCAUGUAAAACUAAAUAAUAUGAAGCAACAUACAAUGUGCAAAAACUUAGUCCAUGCAAUAUUGAAAGAGUUAACAAUAUCAGUGUUUCUUUAAACUCAUGGUGCACUCAUUCUUGGCUCAUUUGACCUGUUUCAUAAAAACUUUGACUACGUUUACACAUGCCCGGGUAUUUUCAUAAACGGACAUUUAACCCUCUCCAUUUGCAAAAACAAAAUGCGUGCACACCACUAUGUUUUCAGAAAAGUAUUCGUUUACACUAACCCGUGUAUAUAUGCCAUCAAGAGCAUGUCAAACAUGCUGGUGGCAGUGUAACGAGAAGCUCAAGCCCACGUUAGCCAGUCAGAAUCCUGCAUAGUAGCAACAACAACAACGUCCGUUCUCUGUUUUCCUCUGUUUUUCUCUGUUUGCAUGCAAACAUGUAUUUUUUUGCCGUUUUCCAAAAUCUCCACUCCGGCUAGUGUUUUUAAAAACCAUCGUUUUCAGGGGCAAAUUCUCCAUUUGCGUAAAACUAGGGUUCAAACGAUGGUUAAUGUCUCUGUUUUUAAAAAUAACCGGGUACGUAUAAAUGUGGCCUUUAUCCCCCUGUCUUGAUCAAAAUACUGCCAAACUUCACCACAUUUCAGAUGUGUGUCCAAAUGUGUUUGUUUCAUCCAGGUAGUCGACAAUCACAACGUUGUUUCAGAGGCUAGCCAUUGACUGGAGCUUCAACCUUGGGUAGUGUGGCUUGCUGCGCUACAGCUUUGGCAUUUUAGGCAUACAAAAAUAGAAACAUUUACGACCCCUCAAGUCAUCAGGGACAGGUCUACUCAUUGUUCCCAGGGUCAGACCCAAGCAGGGUGAAGCUGCAUUCAGCUACUGCGGUUGUCACCUGUGAAACAAACUCCCUGAACGCCUCAGGUGUGCUCAAACUGUCAUCUCAUUCAAAUCAGGGCUGAAAACAUUUCUGUUUACUAAACCUUUCCUGUGGCGUCAACUUCUUUUAUUUCAACUUUGAUAUCAGCUGUUCUGUUAUUUUCAAUGUUAUUUUUUUUUUUAUACUUUCUUAGGUCCAUAACAUAUACAGUAGCAAUACAAUUCAAUUGCCAUUUCAUCAGUGUUUCUUUUUCAUCAUUUAUAUCACUGUUUUACAGACAUUUUGACCCUUCUUUUUUUUUUUUUCAAACACCACUGUCUGUAUCAAAGUACACAUUAAACUCUAAUUGUUGGAGGGAAUGUGGGGAGAAUAAGGCUGACCAUACCCAUAUAUUUUUUACAUGUUCCAAAGUACAAAGCUUUUGGCUGAAGGUCUCACACACCAUAGAACAAAUAUUUGGAAGAGAUAUUCAAUUAGAAAAUCACAAUGUAAUUCUAGGAACACGUCCCAAACGAUUGAGGAGCCAAGAUCUUUAUCUCUUCUGGAUACUGAGAAUGACUGCACUCAAACAAAUUACAAGAGGUUGGAAAAGUGUGGACCACCCUAGGAUGGAUAGGUGACUGGAAACAAUGGAAAAUAUGUAUUUAAUGGAAAAGGUGACAUAUAAAAUUAAUGGUAAGGAAACUUUGUUUGAGAAAAGAUGGGUCUCUUAUCUUUCAAAUAAGGAUAACCUGUAUGCCUAAAAACAGAAUUUUCAUUGCUGAAACAAACACAACAAAGCCAUUUUUUUAAAUUAAUUAAUUUAUAUAUAGAUUUUUUUUCUUCUAUUUCAUUUAUUUUCCUGUUUUUUGUGUAGAAAUGUCUUGUUUCACUUUUCUGUUUGAGUUUAUUUUUGUGUUUUCAGAAAAAAAGGGGGAAAAGAGAAAAAAAAAGGGUAUUUUCAAUGGUUUUAAUGAUUUUAAAUUACAAGUUAAUAUCUUAUUGAUUUUAAGAUGACAAAUGCUUCCUCUAGUCUGUGUUUCUCAGGGGAAUAAAAACCAAAUUUGGACCUAACUAAUGAAAUAGGAAGAACAGGUAGAAGGCUGGGGAGUUCUGGGUCAGGGGCCUCCUGUGCACUGAGGUCUUGGGGACCUGUAGAGUCUUGGAGACUCGGGCUGAGUGCUGGGGCGCUCCGGGUCUGAAAGCUUGUGACUUAUUUAGUUUAUCUGGGAAAAUACGGUUUUCAUAAAUAAUUAAAGCAAACAUGGAACAGACAAAAAUUUUACAUGUAUGUAUUUCCUUGCAUCUAUAAAGCACUUUUUGAAUUGCCUUGUGUAUGGGUGGUACUAUACAAAUAAACUUGCCUUGCCUUAGAACUUAUUCAACUGACUUGAUAGCUGCUGACCAGCUAGGAUGAUGACAAUUAAUCACGUAGGUGAUUAAAUGUGUACGUUCCUGUUUAAUGUAGCCACCACGUUUGAGUUGAGACUGAAGAACUGUGUUUUGACUUUGACUUUUCCCUGAGAAACACGGUGUUCAUUCAUGUAUCCUUGAUUGACAAGUGUUCUCUCCUAGUACAGUCAGCAGCUGUCGCUCGCUUCCAGCUUCUCUCACCUACUACAAGGUUUCCUCUCCUUCUCUUAAAUUUUGACUGACAUAUGCACAUUUUUCACAGCAGUCCCUCAAAACCCCAAAGAUGGUGUGUCUUUCUUUUUGUAUAGACAGUUUUUAUAGUUCAUUCACAUUACACUUUCCACACUCUUCAUUUGUGUUUAAUUCACCUAUACCAUCUGCAUCACACUGUCCACUGAUGUCUGCUUUAGAGACAAAAGAGUGUCUGUCUUUCAUUCAUAGAACUACUCUGUAGAUUGUCUUUUAUUUAGAAACUGAGUAAUAUCUGGCUCAGAAGGUUUUCCAAGUGUACCAGCAAUAACAGUGGGAGGAAACGAUUGCUUUUUAAGGAUUUAAAGUCCUGCUUCUCCAUCAUAGUUUUUACAGCAGGUUAAAUGAAAAAAAAAACAACAACAACAACAAAAAAACGAUUUUAACGGAUAUGGGCCUCAGGAAUGUAGGCUGUUGCCAGGAUACAGUAGGAAUAAACAAACAUUUAUGUCUCACCCAGGUAAAAAAAAAAAAGUGGUUUCCCUUAUCAACUUCAGAAUACCAAAACAUGUGAAAAAGAAACCCUUAAGAAGAUAAUUAAAAACAAACAAUGCCAGAUUUCUCUUUGCUUAAUUGCAACAUUUGGAGCACACUAAUGUUAAUUACAAUAUUGGGUUUUUCUGUCUGUGUUUAAACAAGAAUCACAUUGACGGAUGUUGUGGAUUUCUGUGGAGAGUGAUUAAAUAAGUGAUUACAUUUUGGCUGACAGCCCAAACUUAAGUGAGGUCCUUGUAGCGCCUGCUUCUCUUCUUAGUCAGUGUUAUGUCUUUUAAAUGACUUUUCAGCCCCAACCACAGCAGCAAAGGUGUUUUUUUUUUUUUCAUCUUAAGUGAUCUCAUCUAAGAGCUUACAUUUGUGGGGCUGAAUAAAUUCUUGCAUUUUUUUUUAAAUCAGUUCAACCUUUCAAGGUUGGUGCUUAUCUCUAUAAAGUCCAAACAUUAAUCUGACUGGUGUUAUGUGUUAGAAUUAUCUCUCUAUGACAAAUAAGCCCACAAUGUUUAAUGCUUCCCGGGUUGUGCUGUGUUUGUCAUCUGUUUCUACCCCCACUACAUGCAUCCCCUCAACUGUACAUCAGCAUAUGAUCGUUUCCCUAAACGAUUAUAUGCUCAUUGACAUUUUGUGUUUGCCUCAGCAAAUGCCUCAAAGUUUUAUGGUAUCCAUCAUUGACGAUUGUGCCCUGUAUACGUUUCCUAACAUAUAUGCUUUAUUUCCUGCAGGGAAGCAGCACAGCAGUGACUUUUCCCGCCUGAUUGCUCAGGUCCGGGGUCGCCUAGAAACCAGCAGGCAGACCCAUAUCAAACAGGAAGUCGUUGCAGAAAGAAAGGAUGAACAUAAAGUAUCCUCUGCAGGUACUGCACCAGCCAUAAAACAUACUCUCGCUGCAGGAGACUUUUAAGCUCCCGUGGUACCCUUUAGCACAAAUCACCUGAACUCUUAAGUUCACCUUGUAUCUUCACUGAACACAUUUGCUGUUGUAAAAGUCGGGCAGAUUAAUUGCUUUGUGACAAAAUUGUUUUCCUGACAAAAUGCAAAUGAAGCCAUGAGAUGCAGCCUGGCAGGCAUUUUUUGUGAAUGCCUUGUGGUUGUGUAUGUGAGGGUUUUCUGAAUAGAGCGCAUCAAUUUAUUGUUCCAUCCCUUUGAAAUUCACAUAUUAAAUUGUUUGUGUGAUUUUAAGUGUUUUGGGGACAAGUUGAAACUCAGAGGACAAUUUAACCAUAUGCUGCGCAGAGAUAGAAUAAGAGAACUUGACACUAAGAAGAGGCAACAUGACUCAAAAUUCAACUCAGUGCACUUGUUUUUCUUUAUACAUAAAUGGCUUUAUAUCAUGAUGUUAUCAAAUAAGAAGGACCACAUAUGCAAACAUAUGUUCACUCGCUACAACCCCACUCUCCCCUAAACAAGCAGAAGAUGCACAGAAUUAAUGUAUGUCUGUGGCUGAGACCAGGAAAGGAUGGUUCUAUUUACUACUACGUGUUUAGAACUCGGUACUUUCAGUUUCCUACUGAGUGUCUGUGAUUGUGAAUUUUUAGUUCUCCUUUGCUGCCCUCUUUGUAUUGGGUUGUGUUAGAGGUGGGGUAGGCAGGAAUCCGUUAAGAAGCAUCUUUUUUUGUGGUGUAUGAACAAAAAAGCUUUAAAUAUCAGUCAAUAGCUAUUAGUUAUUGAUGACAUCUGGUAAUAUAAUGAUAUCGCUGUGUUUUGUUAUGUCUGAGUAGUCAACAUUUUAAAAUGUCAGAGCGCUCCGCCCUUUCUGACUGUAAACAAAGCCAUUCCCCGCCUCCCCCAACCUGAUUGGUUGUGAGGCAGACGCUGCUCCCCCGUGUUGUUCAGAAGUCCAAACAGAGUUAGCGUGCUUACACGCGACAGUAGAGACCCAUCAGAAAGUACAGAAAAUUUAGCCACGACCGCCAACACAAGCAAGAAAAUGAAGUAAAUACCGGAGACUAUGGCGGACUAAUGGGCGCUUAAAAAGGAGGUAGACCACCCGGACAAGAGCUAAAAAAGCCGGGUCAACAAUGAUGGGGGACGCUUUGGGAACUUACAGACCCUGUAACCUUUAUGCUGGACAGGUAAACCGCCCAGCCAAGUUUCUGUAACAGAAGUGUGUCUUAUCAAACGGGGCCUGCUGCAUGUUGUAGCGCCGCUGAACUGUUGACCUCGGGUCCUGGACUAUGUCACUUUAUCUUAGUUGUAGAAGUCCUGCAAACAUUGUGUUUGCUGGUAGUCUGUUGGCAUCUACAGUAGCACCAUUGCUUUUUAGUUUCAAGUUGACUGGGCCCCAUUUGUAAUUAUCUGAAGUAUUUAUCUGCAGUAUAUCUGAAUUUAAUUGAAAUGAUACGAGCGAGCGAAUGAUACGAGGGGCUUGCUGGACCAGAGACGGAGGGUAGAGGAGGAGCUGAGGGGAAAACUGGUUGGGAGGGGUAGAGUUUACAUUCAAGAUUUCUCCCCAAAAACUGGCACUUCCUCAGAUCCUGCCUACCCCGCCUUUAAGUUACUACUUAAAAAGCUUGUCAGAAAUGAAACAGGUUUUCACUGAAUUGAAAAGUUUUGACAAAGCUAGGAUUAUGUGAUAAUCAUCAGGAGCUACAGUCACUACUUUGACAGUGAGUAACAGCUGUUGCCUCUUGAAAUCAAGACAAACACAUGACACUACUUUUACACGCCAUCAUGGUUGCGCAGUAGAGUAAAUCUCUGUCAUGUAAGGACUGAAUUAAUAAUGUAAAUAUACACAAACAUGUCUGUUUUAACUGGUGUUGACAGGAUUGCUAUAUCCAUGUUCAGUCAGACUCUGACUUUGGUAACAGAAUUAAAAUCAGUGCAGCCCCUUGCACGAACUGGUACCAACAAAUAAUAGGUAACUUGAUCAGUCUGUAAAUAGUAACAGAUCUUUUGAGUUUUGAAAGAACACACAAAAAGCAAUUCUUCUGUUUGGCCCAAACAACAAAAGUCAUCAUCUGUCUCACUAAAGCUUACAUCAAACUCUACAUCUGUGACACCAAAACCAGCCAGGGUCCUUCCCUGCAUCAUUAAAACCGAUAAUCAUAGCCCUUUGUCUGUUCAGUCAACAUGCUGCAGCAGGAAUUGGCCAACCCUCUCUUUUUGAAGCCUGCCAGAGCAGAGGGUUUUACUUUUGAUCCAUAUUAUCCCUGCCCAGUGUCUGCCUUGUUUGUCAAUAUCACAGAUGUUUUUUUUUUCUUUUGAAUUUUAUUUUCUAGCUUGUUUUAACUUUAUACCACAGAAAUCACAUACUGCUCACACUGAAAAGUUGUCAUUUAAACAUCUCACCAGCUUGUACGCAAUUGAUAUGUAGUUAGCAGGCCGUUUUGUGGAGUAGAGUCCCAUCAGGAUUAGACGUGACGUCUGUCCACCCUGAAACCCACUCUCCAUGCAACCCUUGAAGUACCAACUUAAGCAAACAUUUUGACACCAAGUAUUGAUCUAAAGAUGAUUUUAUUGAUUUAAAUAUUGUUCAUUGAUGCAGCUGAAAAUAUAGUCCGUCAGAAAUGACUGUGGAAAGCGUUUCCUGAGAAAGGCGUUCUCAUCAGUCCAUUUACAGGUCGAAUUGAAAUUAAACUCACGGUUAAGCUUCAACAUCAGCCAGAUUCUCUUUCAUGAAUCACCAUAAACUCAACAUCUUCAAUCACAGUAAAGUCAGGAAAGCAUUUUUCCAUCAGCAUUCUUAACAGAUGCAGAAAAUUACAGGCCUGUCGGUGGUAAAUGUUUUUACAAUCUUAGAAAUCUUGGGUUUAAAAGAGGAACUCAUUUCACACCCUUUUUGAUAGGCAAUUCCUCUCCUGUUUAUUUCCACCUGGAUGUCUUACACAAUGAUAUAUAUUUCUGUGUCCUUCAGAUCUUGUUGCAGAAUCGAAAGGCUGCUCGAUGGCGAAGGUAGAGGACAGAGAGGUGGGCGAAGAGCCAUCAGCGGAAGUGGCUGAGUUAUCUUUAAGUCCCACUCACAGCGACGUGUCCAUCAGCAGGUGAGCUCCAGACAAGAGACACAAGAGAGAUGUUGUUCCUCUUACACUAGAUGAGUCAAUCAAAGCUUUUCGAGCCUCAUGCAAAACACUACUGGUCGGAAUUUUACAGUGUUAAUGAAAAGGGAUAGAUAGAACUUACUGAUUUGUUUGCAAAGAAGUACGUUUCAACCUGCAGCUCUGCGUUUAAUAAAUCCCAGAGGGCAUAAUUGAUGAUUAUGGCUGAUUAGCUUCAUUUCAGAAACGUGAUGAUUCAUUUUCCCUGUGUGGCAUCCACAGGACUGGUAAUCUCUAAUCCAUUCAGUAUUCAAUUAGCAGUCCCCCUUACCCUACCAUAGCAAUAACAAUAACUGCGGUAACUCAGUCUGGGACAGUGAUAUUCAGUCAUGGAGAAUCUGAACAGAUUACAUGACAUGAUGAUGCUCGUAAUGUUGUUAAAAUUUUUAUUUACACCAUGGAAAGAGGAAAAGCUCAUCAAUCGUCUGACUUCAGGGGGGCGUUCCAGAUGAAUUUCCCGGCUCGGAAAUCACGACUUCCGAAUACAACUGGAAUGCAGCAUAAGUAACCAACUUUAGCACGCUCCACUGGUCUUCCUCUAACUAAUCAGUAUCUAAUAAGUAAAAUAAUUAAUUACGCCUUUCUUCUGCUCUCAUUGAGGCAUUGAUGUUAAUAUGAUAGGUUGACUUAAAUAUCCAACUAACAGUAUAGUGUAGCACGUAUACUUUUUCAUAUACAAAUGACCAGACAGCAGAGAUUGAUAUAACGUACUGGUUGAAAAUAGCCCUGUAAGAAAUUCAUAGUAAAGUUUACAAAAAGUUAAUAUAAUAAAAAAAUUCACAGAGAAGUUCAGACAUUUCAUCCACAAAGACCUCUGGUUAGCACCCUCAUUUAAACCACGCAAUUCUUUUGACCCUGCCUCUUAAAAGAAUCGAGAAUCGUUAGGACCUGGAAUCAAAACUCUGAAUUGAAACUGUGAAUCGGAGCCGGAGCCAGAAUCAUUCAAGUUCAAAUGAUGCCCAACCUUAUGCUGCGUUCCAGUUACCUCGGAAGUCAGAAGUCUGAGCUGGGAAUGUUGUCACACCGGAGUUACCAGCAUUUCAGUUACCAAGUCAGAGCAAAAUCGGAGGCGGAAACAAGAUGGCUACAUCUAGGAAAGUUAUUUUUGCGCUUGCCUUGUCCGAAUAUAAGCCAGGACAAGGCAAGCGCUAAAAUAACUUUUUGAAGAUGUAGCUACCUUGUUUCCGCCUCCGAUUUUGCUUUCUUCAGAAUUGGUACUGGUAACUUGAGUGUGACGUCAAUCCCAGCUCAGACAUCUGACUAACUUGAAUGCAGCAUUACUUAUCAAUCAGGUGUUCUGUAUUGUGAAAAAGACGGACUACAAAGAUCAAAUGUUCCCAACACAAGACUCCAGUUCCUUGUCCUUAAAGUCUGUACAUCUCAGCUGGUAACAAGCUGUAUGAGCACCACUAGAUCGAGCCAGACAAACAACACACUUUGACUGAAAGGCUCAUCCUGUUCUUUUGUAGAUGAAAGUAAGUGCAGUGUAGUCAGAGGCGAUUUCAAGGCUUCACAUGAAACAACAAAGAAAACCUGACAUUACCCCUCUGUGCUUAGCGGAUGUGCUUGAAAAUGUCACUCUGAUAUUAAACACAAUAUCAACACUUGCAUACGACAUGUUCUUUUAUUUUCACAGAACUCCCCAUCACUCAGGUCUUGCUGCGCAAUGAAAAGACACUGUUUGUUAGCAGGUUGUCUAAGUACUUGCAGUACACCCUUGUUAUAAAAAGAGAAUCAUGUAUGGCUUAAUUCAGAGGAUUUCUCUAUGAACCUUCAAGUGUCUCAGUGGGAGCACUUAUCUCUUGCCGUCACACUGCGGAGGCCUUGAACAUCCUGCUUAAGUCUUUAUAGUUCUCCUAUUUUAACUGAACUUUUACUGUGACACAGCAGAGAUUUACUGCCUUUAGUCCUGGUGCCUUAGACCAAAUCAGCACUAUGCUCACUUCUUCAAGUGUGAAAUUGCUGAAUUGAAUGUCAGCCGGGGACACACAAGCAUGUGUGGGUUUUUGUUUCGAAUUUUCAUUCCAAACAUACGAUCAGAUAUCACACAUUUACAGACAGUCUUUAACUUGCAAAUAACCGCAUUUCUCCUAAUCAUUUGUCUUCUAAUCAACCAUGUUUUACAAGAGUUGUCAUAUCAGUAAGUGCUUGUCAAAAACUUACAUCACAGAAGAAGACAUGAGACAAACACAAAAACAAGCUGAUAAUGCAUUAGCAUGUGGAAAAAGGGAUGGAAAAUAAAACCCACAAAAUUAUUCUAACAAUCAGGGUGAAAUCAUGCAGAUGAGCAGUGAAAGCUUAAUCACUGCAUAAUAACAAACAGAUCACUUGCUGCCUCAAAAUGAAGUCUAUAAGGGCCACAGUCUACGUCUUGGUCUGAAGAACCAAAAAAAAGAAAAAAAACCCUCCUCUACCACAUCAUAAAAAACUGAUAUUGAUGAUGUCUCGUCUUGCGUGGUCAGCAGAGCCUUGCACAAAUCUGCCAACCCUCUCUUUUAAAAGUCAUUCACAACACGAUUUAACGGGUUUUCUCCGCCUUGUUUGUCCAUAAAAAAGUGAAGGGUUUAUGUCAGCCGUUGGUGCUUUAUGUGUGUAUGCUUUAUCCUGCAGCAUUAACAUGGCUGAAAAGACUUUUUAGCUUUAAAAUUUUUAUAUUGGUCAAGGGAAAUUAACUUGUCACCUGUUUCCCUCACCUUAGUUAACACCAGCUGAUUAGAAAUGGAGCUGCCCUGAGCUAACUGCAACUGCAGCAGUGAAACUUAGCUCACUGUGGCAGAGAAAUAAGUGCAAGUUGGAAGUACUUUAAAUCUAAUGAUGACUAAGACUGUACCCUGCUGAGGAAAACAUGCUUUUAUACCAGUGACCUCCAGUUUUAUUCAGGCUGUAGCUUUUAUAGAAGGACCGAAGGUUUGUUUUUUACCUCCAAGGCCAAUGUUGAAGAGCCGCAGGCAUUAAAAUAAGGCCACUCACCAACUACUGUACAGGAUACAUAAGCACCAGAGAUGAAAUAAGGGCCAAUUAAAAGUUUCAGCCCAUAACAGAGGGCCUUCAACCACUGAACUCUUAAGGAGUAUGUCAGUUUAAAGCAGCCGUGCUGCUGCCGCUGCUGAGCUGAACCGAAUAAAUUAUGAAUAUAUGUUUUUCUACACGAAAAAAAUAGAGAUUGUUCUUUUUCAGCAGACUCAGUAUAAUCCAUCUCUUUCAAACUUGCUCUAUAGCUGCAGAAAAAAAAACAUCUGAAUGAGCUUUUUGGUGGUUCUUGCAUGUGUAUUAUAUAGUCUGGCAAAGUGAUGUCUAGUAAAUCAAAAGCUUUAACCCUUUGUUGUUAGACCAACAAUAAUUAAUGUUUGAAAAAUUGUUUAUUAGAAUAUAUGCAAAGGUGAAAAUCCCGACUUUAACAUUUCACUAGAGUUUGAACUUUGUGGACUACCUUGCUAUGAUAAUAUAUAUUAAUUUUAUUCAUAGUGUAAAGUAAGAGAUAUCAACUCUCCUUUUAAGAGCAUUUAUGAGAGUUAAUAUAUGGCAGGGUUAUUGGAACAAGUUCAUACUGGUUUAAAGCCGUUUGAUGAUUUUCCGUCUUUAUUCAUGAUAAUCAGCCCUAUGAUGACUCAGGGUCCCUCUUCAGACAUGUGUCUCUGAUCCCUGAGUUUGAGCUUCUGCAAUUAACCUGUCUGUUAACACUGAGCAUCUCAUAUCCUUUGAUAGAUGGAGGAUCAGAGGUUAUUUUAUUGAAUGGUACCUUUGCUUCUCUUUAAGAAAAUUACAUUGCACCAAAAGCGUGCAUAACUUAAAAAAGCUAAAGACAUCACAACUUUACAGGAGAGCACAUAAGCCAUAAAACAUGACAGAAAUACUAAAAAAAAAACUUAUUAAUAUUAUUUAUAUUAUUAUAAAUAUAUUAUAUAUUAUUAUAAAUUAGCCUGAGUGUGUUGGGGUUAAGUUUUUAAAAGAUCUUGUUGUAUUUGUCCUGUUUUUGCCCCUGCUGCAUUUCUCAAUUUCUACUGAACACUGCAUACAGUACAUUUAGUAAAGUACUGAUUUUUCUCUUUUCUCUUUUUUUGCCUCCACCCCCUUUCUCACAACAGUUCUAUUUCAGACAUCUUUGGUCCAGAGCCUGCCAGAGACCCUGAGUAAGUGAUUCCGCUGUCAGGAAAAGUAAUAUCAUUUUAGUUUUUCAUCAUUUUAUCUCUUUAUGCUUCAGAGGCCUCACAGUUUUUCAUUACAACUAAUUGCAUGCUUGUGUUGAUGCAUAGAUUGGAUGUCAACACAGACUGUUGUUGUCUUUCAUAUAAAUUGUUCGAAGCCUUGUACCGUAUAUUAGGCUGUCUACAUACAACUUUAUCAAGGGGGAUAAAUGCCACUCAAUACAUCUCAAUGCCUUAAUUUACGCAUAAAAAGACUCAUAAAGAUCAAAAGCAGAUUAAUUUGUAAACUGUGCCCUGAUUGUAACUCAUCAUGGCGACAGGCAUUUUAGUGACUAAUCUGCUUUCUUUGAUUUGGCCUUAUUUUCCUCUGUGGUGUAGGGAAAAAGCUGCAGCUGGAGGCAUUAUCUCUUUGGGUUGUUUGUUCAUCUGUUGGUACCCCUGUUUAAAUUCUGUGUGUGUGUGUGUGUGUGUUCUGUAUCACAGGAAUUUCACAAGGGAAUGCCUUUAAAUUCAGCGUAAAGUCCGCUUUAAGUCCAGGAUGCAUCGAUUAAAUACAGUGUAUCCCAAGAGUUGACAGGCUUGUAUGGCAUAAUGUCAUCUAAAUGCCUAAUAAAUGAGGUGAUAACAUAUUUAAUGCUGCGUUCCAGUUACCUCGGAAGUCGGAUGUCAGCGCUGGGAAUGAGGUUACACCAGAGUUGACGGUGUUCCAGUAAACAAAUCAGAAAACCAAGAUGGACGCCUACAGUUAGCCGUUGUUAGCUGUUGUGUACAAUUGUCAGCUGUCGUUAGCUGUUGUCAGUUGUUGUUAGCAGUCAUCAGCUGCUGUUUGUUGUUGUUAGCUAUACCAGUAGGAUGGGUAUGUAACCUCACGGAUUACAAACAGGGGUGGACUAGCCGUCUUGUAUUGUGCUUCAUUACAUUAUUUUAUGGAAUGCUACAACGAUAGUGAACGCAACUGUUCCUAUUAUGUUAUCGUAGCUUGUCAGAGAUUAAUCCUGUUAUUUUUCUAACUUUGACGAUCUAACAUGUGACAACAUAUGAGCUCAGAGUUUAAGGACUGUGAAGGUUGGUAGUUGUGAUUCUAUUUUGUUUAAAUAUGCCAAAUUGUGAAUUUCAGACAAUUGAGCUAAGCUAGCCAGCAACUGCUAAUGACUAUCCGAGGAAACGAACUCUGGUCCGUUUAAAGCAGACCAAACCGCUCUGGUGUGAAAGCGACCUGAGUCAGAAAACUGACUUCAGCAGGGCAUUACAGACGAAUUUCCGACUCGGAGCUCGGAAAUCCCGACUUCCGAGUACAACUGGAAUGCCAACUCUAAGGGUCAGAGUUCAAUUCACCAUGACAAGCUUCUCUGCCUUUCUUGUGAACACUUUUUCCUGGUACUAGAAGGAAUCCAGAUUUUUCUGCAGCUCAGUCUGUCUUCAGCACGUGUUUGCCUUUUAAAGUAGCCCCAUCCUUUAAUUUCAAAAGGAUCACAUUGAAUUAGAUUAGUAAAUACGCUUUUGAGGUUCCCAUACUGACGUCUUUUACUGGACCAGGGUUGCUCAAUUCAACUUGGAAAACAAAAAGCGACCAAAACUUUAUUUUAAAUAAAGCUAUCAUAUGUGCAAUCUGGAUUAUACAUCAUCUCAGCGUAUUCAUAACUGUGUUUGUUGAGAAAGCUGCUGAAAGGCACUAUCAGGUAACUGAAAACAGCCAGACUGCUCAUCAUCACAGUUGUAAUCUCAUUGGAGAUGUGCUUGAAACAAUCCUGACUCCUUUGCCCCGGUUGUCAUAAAUAAAUCAAUAUACUGCAAACAUGGAGUAGGCAACAUGUUACUUCCAGUAACCACAGACACUGAUACCUGGUUAUUACUUAGAGAUUACAAAAUAAUACCAGCUCUUUACUUGUGGACAGCAAGCUUGUUACCUGAGCUGAAAGGUCUUGCUGUGUCUCUUGGCUUUGCCUUAUAUUCGAAUUUGAUGUCUUCUUGAGUCUCCAACUCAAACUGAUGCUUGCUACAAUUUUGGGUAUUACCAAAUUGUGCAACAUUUCCUGAAUUUGGAUCCCGUACUGUUUUGACUGCUCUCUGUCUUCAUAUUCAGACCAAACCGGCCAUUAUUUUAUUGAGAGGUACUUAAUACACUGAGCAAGAAGAGCAGCUAAGCCUGCAGCACUGCAUGCCCUGGUGUCUGCUUUCAUAAAUACUGCUUUUCACACACAGAUUGAGAUUUCACCACUUGCCUCUGGUGUCCUAUGCAAACAUUUAGUGUUGUGCUUUUCCUGGAGGGAGUUUGGGAAACACCUUCGAUAUCAGAGGCAUGAAGAUAGCACAGCUCAUCAAGUUUCUCUCCCUGAAAAAUUGUUGGACAAGGUUUGACAAUUUAUCUUCCUGUUAGUGACUCUAAGCUUGUUAUUUAGACAACUUAACAUCCCAAGAAAGAGGCCCUUAUCCAAGCUGUUGUCAGAAAUUGAGAUAUGCCGAUGGUAAAUAUAGCUGUCCAAUAGGAGCUAUGGAGAUAUUUCACUCCAGUUAUAGCUGUGAGAAGCGGGCUGAAUACUUAGACUCAAUACAUACUUCAUUUGUAAAACUGCGCAGUUUACUCUUUUUAUGUUUCUUUUCCUUCUCUGAUCAUUUAGUAACUGAGCUAUCAGUGCUGCCAUCUUUGUCAAAUGACCCUGAUGGUGCAAUAAGACAGAUGCACAUAGAUCUCCUGCCUGGGGGAGACACACAAAGAAAUGGAGAGCUGAACAGUUUGUAAAAUCCACAAUAAAUUGAAGUAGAUGGUUCAGCUGUCUUUUUGUAAAUAGCCUUAUGUUGCAAAGCUCAAACUUUUUAUCAACAGAACAAGUAAAGGAACAAAAUAAAUGAAUAUAAAUGAUUUUUAGCAAUGCAAACUAAUUGAAAUGAAUCCCUUGGCUCAAUUCUGUGUGUUGUUUAACAGAGAUGCCUGUAAAUGUGAUGGUUGAAUAUAGCUAAUUAAAUCUUAAGAGAGAAUAUCUUUGCAUGCAUGGGCAUUGAAUACAUUUAAGACUUCCUCUGUUGAAACAAGGAAUAAGUAACGUCAUGGGACUCAUUUUUAACCGCUUCUUUUGGCAAGAGGAUUCACAGAGAGGAGGCUUCAGACCGCAGCCCAUGAUUUUAUUUGCAGUGUUUUUUUAAUGAUGCCACCUUAAAUACUGCUUAGCGUUGUGCAUUACGGCUUCAUUAAAAUGUGAUCAUCGUGCCGUGUUUCUGACACAAAGCCAAACCUGUUUCAAGGACACACAGGAAGCUCUCCUCCGCCUCAUCACUGGCAAAACAUCAGAAGCACUUAAGUGUGGAUGUGAUUGCACCUUGUGUUUUUUGCAGAUAAUCAGGACUCAUUUCUGUCUGAAUGACCUCGAGACCAAACCUGCCAUAGUUUGUUCUUAAUGUCAUCCUUCAAAAAGCCCUUUCUUCUCGGUAAAGUCAUACAACACCAGAGUUGGGCCUGUGAAUGCAUCAGAGCAGAUAAGUCCUAUCUAACAAGAGUGAAAGUUUUUUUUUUUUCUCUAAUCCUUUGAAUAAAAGCAAGGUUUUAUCUCCUUCCUCCAGUCUUUGUCAGCCUCAGUUAUCCAAACUUCAUCAAAAACCAGCUCACCUAUAAUCCUCUAAACAUAGAUGUCACCUCAUCCUUCAGCUUACCCCAUGUGGACUUCUGACCUGAAUUCCAGUGCUGGAAUUUUGUUUUUCCUCCCUGUACAGUCAAGAUGAAGAGGUUGAUGACCUUGUCGCUGGCUGCAGGGCGAUAUACGUCUUGGUUAUGAUGAGCCAAAGAGAGCCCUUCAGAGAGGCUCUAAGUGGUUCCACAUGGAGGACACUGAACUUUAAGGGGUUCCCCUUUGGCUUCUGAGACAUGUUAUCUGUGCAGCUUUCACGAAAAAGAGAAGCGAUCUCGUCCACUGCUUUGUGUCAGAGGUGAUUCAGUUACAGGGCUGUAACUAAACACUGCGUGCUGAGCUGGAGAGUCCGACGGGACACACAUGGUCAGAGAUGAUAUUAAUGUUGCUAUGAGUAAUCCAUUAGUGGUGGACAGUCUUUUUUUAGAGGCACUGAGUGUUCACUCCAGAUGUUCCCUCCUGGAAACACUGAGUAUUUAGUUAUUUUUUCACAGUAAAGGUGGGUAAUCAUGAUGCUGAAUUGUCUUAAUAGAUUUAUUUGAUAAAAGUGCCGAUUAGCAAAUGUGUCUGAAAUGGAUCAAAUUCCGUCCUUGUAAUAGGCAUCAUUUUUUAACGAUAGAAAUAAAGAUAUAUUUUAAAUGCAAACAUUUCUAAUUGAAAAUGAUUGCAUCUAUAUGUAACAGUUUAUUUUACAGCUAUAUUAGUCAUGUUGAGUGCAGAAAGAUUAACUUGAAAUAAGCAAUACAUUUUUUAAUGUUGCUAUACCUGAAAACAAUUUAAGUCUUUUAUGAGAGCUUCCCAUAACUUUGCUCCAGCUGGGCAGUUGUUGUUUUUUUUAAACCAGUAUUAGCCAGUUGAAAAUACAUUGCUAGACUAUCAUUGCACAUAUUAAUAGAGAUGUUACCACCAGUUUAUAAUAUUCUUGUUGGAAAUCUGUCUUCAACUGGCCAAAAUUGUAACGCUUCGUUUGAGUGGACAGACUCUAGCAGAAGAACAUCUUAACAUGAACCUUUCUUACUUUCUUACCUUGUUGUUGCCUGGAUUGCAGGACAAUAUCUUGCCUGUCUUGACUCUCGAGACCAUCUAGAGACAGCGGCUUGUGUUUUUUGCCUGAGUGUUAAAAGGCGAAGUUGAAGUGAGCUGCGACUGCAGAUUGAUUUGGUAUGAGGUGUGUGAUCAGGUUGUCUCUUGUAUUGCUUUUGCCAUCGAGAAUAAUCACUCUUGUCAUAGAGGUUUGCAUUCUGACCAAUCAGAAUGAAGUAUUUAACACAGCUGGGUAAUACAAACAAUUCACUCAGGAUAUGCACCUGAUUCCACACCUUCAUUUCAACUGCAUAUUUGAGAUUGUCGGCCAAAAUAAAAGGGCUUUUUACAUGAAUUGUGAAUUGUUAACACUGCUGGUUACGAAGAGGCUAGUGCUGGCUGCUGGGCAUUCAUUACACCUUCUUGAUAUAAGAAGCACUGGUGGAGUUUUUCCACAAAAACCUACGGCAAAUACUGUCACCUUUUUGGCUAAAUGAGUCUCUGCACCCAUCCAGCUUCCUUUAUUUGUCCAUUGAGUGUUUUAAAAGCCUGAUGUGGAUAACACAGUUUCUUCUCUUACUGCAGAUCAAGAUGACCUCAAAGUGUUGAUACAAAUGUGUUUUUUGUCAGCAAUAAUGUUUCAUAUUUCCAUUUACCUCCAUUCAAGUUUUGUUAAAAAUGCUCUUCAACAGAAAGACAGAAAAGACUCCCGCCCGGAAACGGUCGUCCACCUCCAGAGCAGCAGACGCACCAUCGUCCCCUGUUUUUGGGAAACGCCGGCGGAAAACAUAAGGAGAGAUGAAACAUUUCUCGGGACUACCAAACGGUUACCAAAAAACUUUUUAUGAACUGUGAAGCCUUCCAUGAAGUAUUUUUAUGCACAGUCCCGCCCAGGAUUUGUGGAGUUUUCUAACGUUGCACACUGUUUAAUAAAAGUUUCUUAUUUUGACACAUUCUCAUGUCUGGUAAUCCACGAUGAUGAUGAGAUGAUCCCUUAGAAAUCUCAGGUGGUCUGAGCAGUGAGAGGACUCCGGGUCAAUACUUGAAUAUUUUGAAAUACUUUGAAUUGUAACUAUUUAGUUUUUAGAUUCUUAGAUUUAAAUUAAGUAGAAUGGAGUAAUGUAGCCAGCAUCCCUGGUAAUAUCCUUUUUUUUUUUUUUUUUUUUUGUGGUUAUGCCCUGAAUUUCACAUUUCUUUCCUGUUUUCACCUUACUGAAAGGUCAAAUGUUAUAUGUAGUUUUAACUCAAAUAAACUCAGUAUUUAGCUUUAAAAAAAGCUUUGUGGUUUAUGUAGUUGAUUUAUCUUCCACCCAUAUAUUCAAAAAAAAAAUGUUGAAGUCUUCAUACGGUGUGCCGAGCUGAACAUUUGGAUGUCGCUGCUGCGGUAUAACUCUGCUACAUUAACAGCUGUAAAAAAGAUCAUAAAAAUGCACUUUCCUUCCAUUAAAUGGCUGCACGUCUGUCUGUUUGCUAAUCUAUUGCCUCCAUCUUCAGAUUUUCCCUCUUAUUUGGAUUCCUUUUUGGCCAACUCCGAUUAGGAGCUCAGUCACACUGGAUUCAUCUGUCAUGUGCAAUUUUCAAAGUUGGCAAACAAAUCUGUAGCCUCUCGGGCUGAUUGUUUUCUUUGAAAGAAAAAGAACCGAGGUCAGUUUAAUUCAAUCAACCUGAUGCUUGAGGAAACCCCAGGUCAAAGCAAGCGAGAGUGUAAACACUUCUGAAGUGGAGGUGGUGUUUGUGUAUGUGUGCAUGGGAGAGUGAGCAGGAGCAUGUUAGGGAGCUGCGUUUGAUUGGAAACAGAGCUUGCCUGGAGUCAGAAACACGAUGCUUCUUCCUUGGUUGUCUCCUUCAUCAGACAAAGCACGGACACACCGACAGACACUGCUGGACACCCCUAGUCCCAAUGCAUCCGUAUCUCUUUCCCUAUACAAUGGCGCUGUUUGUGUCUGGUUUAAUUGGCAGGGAUGUCACUCUAGCUUGAAACCACAGGAGAGAACUGAGUGGCUGCUGAUUCCUGCCUCCAUUUGGAGAGUAAUGAAGCAAGCACUGAUAUCACUGAUUCCGUACACACUCUGUCUCUGCGAGAGAUUCACAACAACUGAACCCUUUCGCACAGACAUUUUUUUGUCUGCUUGGGUAAUAAUGUUGAAAGGAAUAUUUGCAAUCCAUGAUACAUAUUGUGUUUUUCUGUACUUGCUUAUACCAUCUUUUUAAUACUUCCACGAUGGCUUUUUGCAACUCCAAAGAACUGACAACCAAAUUUAAAGUCGCAAUGAGUGAUGAAGCAGGCUCAGUAGCAGACCCACAGGGCCGCAUUUAACCCCAGGACACUUGUUUUGCAUGAACUUUUCUCCCUCUGACCACAGCUCUCAUUGAGCUGGGCCUUGAGCACAAAACCAAGCAGUUUUAAUAGUCCCCUUGUGUCUAAAAUCUUUUUUCUUUCCUUAGAAGCAGUUGCUAAACCCUUCCAGUGGAAUGACUAAUGGCCCUUGAUCCGGGAAAUACACCAAGACAGGCUGGAAGGGUUGCCCAUACUAAUAGGAAAUUUGUCCUUUUUUUAGUGUCAGAUUUCUUUCUGGUCCAAGACAUUUCCAUUUGACCUUAAGAGUUUUGAAAAUUUGUUUGGGAAGCAAGAGCUGCCAGUCGCCUGAAAGACUUAUCAAACUGUUUUAUUUUGUUGUUUAUUUUGAGGGUUUUGCUUUUCUUUCUCUUUGCUGUUUGUGCUUAAUUUUGGAAAUAAAACAACAAGCAUUUCCUGAGAAACCUAAUAUACCUAAGAGUGAACUUGUAAAAUCUUCAGGGUAGGGUUUUAAUGAUAUAAAACACUCUUAGAAAACAACUUUGAAAUCACUUCGGCUGGUGUGAAUACCAAAAAAUAGGUUCGGUUUUUAGCUCAUGCCUUAAAGGUUAAGGCUAGACUUGCAUUUUUAGAGUGAACAAACACAUUGUUUAAACCAAGGCAGACACAUUAUCUCCUGUUUGACUUUUUUCUCCAAGUUCUGCAGUGUUUUUAGAUUAAAUUGAAAAUAUAACCAGCAAGAUAGUAUCAGUUAUCAUAAAGGUAGACAUAACAACUCAAACACUACAUGGUUGUUUGGAAACUCAUCAAAUACCAGCACAUUGUUUGUCAAACAUGGAAGGCUGAGAUAUUUUUUCAUGGACAGCUUUAUGAGUAUCUAAUAUCACAUUUAUUGGCACUUUGUCUUUUUGUUAAAAGGUCAUUUAAUGUUCCUUAUGCAACACUUAAUUGAAAAAAGAAACCUCAAGUAUUCAAACUAAAACUUGCCGUGUCUUUGAUUAUGUACGUCCAUUAAAGAAUGGAUAUGACUAGACUGAAUAAUAGAUUAACUUAUGAGUACAAAUCGAAUGUAAAAUGCAUGAGUGCUUCUUUUAUCUUAUUAAGCUUUAAAUACAUUUAAAUAUUCACUGCAUCCAAACAUUAAUUCCUGCACAUACGCACACCAUAAAAUAUACACAGAUGCAUUUGAACAGGGCCAGCACUUGUAGAGGCUGAGAGCAGCAGGCCAUUAGUCAAGUUUUAUAGCCUCAAUGGGCCUCACAAUGCCAACAGCACGAGAUAGUAAAUGAAAACCACUCUACCCAAACACAGACCCUCGGUGGUUAUAAAAGUCAGAUCUAAAUGGUUGAUUCCCUGUGGUUUUCAUUCCAGCACUCAAACAGUACAAGGAUUAAGGGCAAAUUACACAAUUUAAACAAAAAGUUGCCGAUCGGGGAUGUGAAAAAACAAAAAUUUAGAGUGGAAGUGUUUCCUUACAUGUUAUUUUUAUCUGAGGACAAAUAAAACGGAUUCAUACAGAAAGAUAUUGCCUUUACAAAAAAAAAGCUCUGUUUUUCAGAGUAAUUUUUUUUUUCUUCUCUGUUUUUCAGAAUAUUUUCGCCCCUGUUUUCAGACUUUUUUUUGUUUGUUUUGUUUUCACACUAAUUGUUUUUCCUAUUCUCUAAGACCAUGACCAUUUAAAAACAGACGCUUUCAUCCCCCUCUGCUCAAUUUAUUGGAAGCAAACAUGGCCCACUAGUUUAGAUUAAUCGAGUUUUACUUUCUUUUGUGUUUGAGACACUGGGAGAUACUCCUUUCUUUAAGUCAGAUAGAUCGAAUCAGUUUAAGUUUGUCUACUUUGCCAGGCAUCCUUAGGAUUUGCAUACCCUAUGUUUAACUAUUAACACGCCAUACCUGCAUUGACCCCCGUAGUGGAAGUUAUCUAGGAGCUGGAGAUUACGCUCAUUUGGAGCAGCCGCGGUGGUUAAUGUUAUCUGAUUGUAUGAGAUUCUCGCAGGAUCUUGAAGUAUCUUGUUUAGUCAGGGGAAAAAAAACGUGAGAAAAACAGAAAGACGGAAAAAAAGUACGAAAAACCGAAAAGAAAAAAAAAUCUGAAAAAACAGAAAAACGAAAAAAAUAGUACGAAAUACGGAAUAAAAAUUUGUCCAAAAAACAGAAAGGGGAAAAAAUAUUAGUACAAAAAGCAGAAGAAAAAAAUAGAAAAACAUUAAAGAAAAAAAAUACUCAAAAAAAAAAACACCCAUGAAAACAGUUUUGUUUUUUUUUUUGUAAGUGAAUGCAAUAUUUUUCUGCGGAUUCACACAAGUUUCAAAUCCUUGAUAAAAAGCAUUAUGUUGAAUGUUGUAAGAUCAGACCUGCCUGACUUAUUUGUUAUUAAAAGGAGACGACAAAGUGUUAGCAGCUUAUUCAACAUUUUAUAAUUUAUUUGCAGCUCACAUGGAGAGUUACGUAGAAUUUUAAGUAUAAUGUAAUUUUCUAAAUUAUCUUAAGUCUAUACCCUCUUACAUGUGACAAAUAUAUUGUGUUUUAAAGAUCUGAAUGUGUCACCAAAUGAUGUGAUAAGGUUGCGGGAAAUUGUCUUACGGAUAUCAACCAGUAGCUAAACAUAUUUCUCUCUUUAACAGUGUUGUUGACUUUCCCCAAAUCACUGCAGUGGUGAUUGAAAUGACCUCAUAAGUGGGUUAACAUUUGACUCAAACCUAAAAUAAAUCAAUAAAGCUCAAAGCUGUAAAAUUAAAAUGAAUUUUCCAUUUCGAGUUGUACUGAUGCAAACCAAGCCCUUUUUUGCAGAAACGUGUAAUUUAAUGGAGACGAGGGCUGCUGCUUCUCCUUUAAACCUGUUGAACUUUGCUCACGUAAUAAGUUUUCAGUGCAUCAUGAAAUGCGGUGUCAUCUGUGCAGUUAAGGUUAGGCCUAGUUUGUAAAUAAUAGAGCGGUGAUUGUUUUCUUCCGUGCAAUCAAAAAGGAAAUGAUCAGAAACUAUAUUCAACAAAUGUAAUUACCCACCUGGCCGGAUGAAAAAAAGCAGCAGCAGCAGAGACAAGUUCAUAUAUUGCGUAUUAUGUGAAAGACUGCUGUAGCACAGAAAGUACAUAAAGAUUCGGAGAGUGAAGGGACAUGUUGAAAUUCUUGUUUUCUCCUGGAUUUUCUUUGAUGUUCAUCAUUCUCAAAGGUCUUAGAGCCCCUCUAAUAAUCUGUGUUUGGCCAUUCUUGUAUUUUUGACUGUUUUCAGCACCCUUAGAUGAUUUCAAAUAGAUGGAAGAGUUAUUAUUAUAUAUAUAUUUUUUUUGUUUGUUUUUUUCAAAGGAAACCAAGAUUAUCAUGCAAGACACUUUACUACCUAACCUAAGUGUAAACCUGCUUUACCUUUAGUUUGUUAACUUCAAAGACUGCCAGGAUCUGCGCUCUGUCUUGUUUUGUCCAAUAUGAAAGCAGUUUAAUAGAAGAGUAAAAAUUCUGCUCAGUGCCUCCCCCCGAACCUGUAUCGCCCUCCCCACCACACCCCCUCUGGCAGAACAAGAAGCCGGCCGGCAGAAGAUCCUACGCUAGCUUCAAACAGGAUUCACCAUGUCGGAUUGCUAGUGACUAGUGGCAGUAAACACCAGCUCUGCCAGCGAGCACCGUCUGCAGCUGCCUGGACAGCUACCGUGUUGACAUUGCAGAGACUAAUAAGAGUUACUUAUGUAACAUGUGCCGCGAUAAAAGGCAAAGAUUACCUGUUCAACAAAAACUCUGCUGUUUCGGCGUCUGUUUUCAGGCUCAAAUCCUGGUGGAGCUUUCUCCUCUGCUCGAAGGAUGACCCGAUGUUUAUUCGAGUUGGAUUCCUCACUUGUUCACAUUUCCUCUUUGACUCUGCCCUUUCUUCUGUCAGCCUGUGUUUUCUUUCCACUUUUGGUGGUGGGGCAAGCAAAGGUGUUUUUUUUUGCGUCCUUCUCCUUAACAGCUCCUGUUGCUAAGCUGCUACGCUACUUUUAGCCACUCAAAGCUUCGAGGAGGGCCGAGAGAGUGGGAGGGGAUGAGUCGAAUACAGCGAGGUGAUUGGAUGGAGAUUGAUCAAUAGAAGCUGUCUGGGAUGGAACGAACUCACUAAAAGCUUUUUGAAUGCCAAACUUGAACACAGUGACCUGAAACCUGCAGUGUGUUUUAUAGCUAUACUUCUAGAUCUGUCCAUUGGUGGUUGUACCCAGUUCUGCAUUUUGGGCUAUCUUUAGUUUAUGCCAAUGGAGACAUCAGGACUGGAACCACAUAUAAACAGAAAAAGAAAAUAGUUUCACAGUGGGAAGAAAAAGAAUAAACUCUGUGAGGAUGUUUAGUGGAUUUCUUUGAUUGGAUUAAAACGAUCUUGUACUAAAAUUGCAGAAGUCUCUUCACCUCAGUGUUGGGGAAAAGCAGUGUUUCAAAAUGAGUUGUCACUUAAUGCCAAACCAUGCUCAGGGGAAUAUUAAACCAGCCAGUUUAUAUUAAUAUGGUUUAACUGAAUUACGACUUUGACAUCACUGUAGUCUUUUCUUGGCAUUUAAAACAGCCUUUAGUUUUUUUCCUAAGCCCUGCUGAUAUAUUUUUGGAGUCCAUGUAGUGUAUCUGCUGCCUGAUGUUGUGGUUUGAGUGAUGCCCAGUGAUGCCCAGACUCUAAUUGUCCCUACGAGAGAAGUAAAAGUUUGCUGAAUUGAAUUACUAACCAUAUUUGUCUCUCUGACUUCUUUGACUCUGAGAGACGUGAGGGGGUCACUCAUCAGCAGCUUGUGUAAUGCCCUGUGAGACCCCUUUUCUGGUUAAAAAUAUGAACAUAAACAUCUCACAGUACUCAAAUGUCAUCAGGCAAGACACCAAAUAGCCUUCUGAAGCAAUUGUGUCACACAGAGAAUGACUUUGUGCUCUGACCUCCCUGUAGGGAAAAGCAAAGAAAAAUAGACAUUUUAGAGAUCAGUGGUCUGUGAAGUAGUUCCCUUCCCUCAGGUGUAUUUAAGCCUGGAGUGAGCGCACCAGACCCCACAUUUGAACCCAUGGUUCUGUGUAUUUUUAUAGAUUUAAUAAAGUUUUUACAAUUCUUCCACCACAAAAACAGUCCUGUCUCCAAAUCUCCUCCUCUGGGUGUUUUUCCUUUGCUGCUCUGUCAGGGCUUAUUACUGUGUUCAAUGGUAGACACAUGACACUGACCGCUGAGAUGGAUGAGGGCUAUAUUGAAGGUGAAAUGGAAUUCUAUUUAGGGUUGUCUUUCAUCAGCAUUAGAUGCUAAGUAUAGGUACCAUUUAAAAUCAAAAUGCCUGAAAUGAGCUCUAUUUAUGUCACGAUGCAUUUGACUUAAUCUUCCACUCCAUGGCAACCUAUAUCAGCAACAUGUUGCUGUACUGUAGGGACUCUGUCUCCAAUACUGUAUUUUUCAUCAACUUUAAUUGGUCUUUAAUUUUUUUCUUAUUACAAGAGAGCCUCACAAUUUGACUGUAAAUUGUGUUUGCAGCUCUUGUGCAGACAUGAAAAAAAAGUUACAUGAAGCCAUUUGUGCUCUCAGAAGCAUUGUGAAGUGUUGUGUGUAGAGUAAUUACUCUCUCAGGUUAUGUCACUUAAACACACAAUUACAACAACAUCUUUGUGAGCUAUUACACUUCUGUGAACAAUGUGUGAGUGAACAAGAUGAUGGACGACAGAGCCAGCUUCCAGAAGUAAAGGCAAAAUAAUAAGAGCUCCCCCUGGUGACUGCCUGCAGUAUAGAUUAUUAGGCCUAUCUCCUCCAUUACAACACGCGGAAAAUGGGCCAAACUAGAAAACUGAAAAAAUAGACAAGAACAGCCAUGGAUUUUUCUUUUUUUAAUGCACUUUUAAUUCAUGAUAACGACUUAUUAUGUCAUUAUUUCAACAUAACAAAGACCCUUUUCCAAUGAUAACAGAAAUGGCAUUUGAGUCAGGGCUCGACAGUGCGACUGUUUCACUCACAUUUGCGACCAAAACUAGAUGUGUGCGAAUUGUAAAAUGUUUUUAGGGGCAUGUGUGUGCAGAGAGAAAUCAGCUGAGGCAACAAAUGUUUUUUUCAUGUAUACCCCGGUGAAGUUUUUUUUAGGUUGGAUAUCCGACGGACAUUUAUUGAGGAUCUAAUGAGGUCUUCUCUCUCUCCAUAACCGGGAAUAGCAACAGCAGCGCGGUUAAAUCUACUCGGCAUCCUCGCUGUCAACAUCGGCUGUUGAAUAAGGGACCAUCAAUAAAUUACUGGUUGAUGUUCUCAAAAAAGGCUGUUUUCCUUCAAUAGCUUUCAUGUCCUGGACCAAAUGACUUGAAUUUAUUUCAAAUAAUAAUACUGAAGUCGGACAAUAAGACACACCUCUUUUUUUCUCAAAUUUGUCCUCCCAAAAUUUUGGGGUUAAAUCUAAGACCGAAUUUUGAACCUUUCCUUCAGUAGCUUCCAUGUCGUGACUAAAAUACCAAAAUUGAUUUCAAAUACUUAUGUCGACAAAUAGACACACAUUAUUUGAUUAAUUUUCAUUGUGCCCCUAAAGUUCUUUGUGUGUUCCUUACUUUUUCAACUUAGGAGCACAUGUGCUCUUUGUGAAAAAAAGUUAGUGCCAAGUCCUGAUUUGAGCAGACCUAAAACAGUAACUCUUGAAAAUGCCCCCCAGAUUGGAAUAUUUCUGAAAUGCUGCAGCCACCGUUGUCAGCGGCAAGCUGGAGUUUUCAAUGAAAACACUAACAGCACAGUCCACUUUGUGCAUACGCAUCACACUUUAAACAUGGGAACCAUUAACUGCCAUGCACUAAUCUGACAACUACAGUAGCAAUGGCGGACACAUCAUUAAUUAGUUUGUUAGACUGAAAAACCCCAACAGUCCUGUCUUUAACAGGCAGCAUUAAAGGGGCAAUCUGUGGCAGGUAACUUAAAAGUUACCUGCCACAUAAUUUGUGGAAGUCUGGAGUAAGACAGACGUGACUGCAUCAGGCCUUGUGACUAUGUAGGCUAUCAGCUUCAGGCCACACCAAAGACCACUUACCUUUUCAAUAUACUGGUGCUGGUGUGAUGUGGAUCAUCAUGGUUUUCACAAGAGAUUUGUUGACCCAAGAAGAUAACAUGGCUCUACUGCAUCUAUUUAAAAUCCUUCUCGGUCACAGAUUUUGCUUUAGAGUGAAAUGCUGAAGGAGUGGAGUGUUCUUCAUGUGAAGCUUGAUGGGGACUAAAUCCAUAAUUUUGUCCAGAAAGAUUUUACUUUUGGAUAAUAACAAGCAAAAGUUUCAGGUACCAAGUGAGUGCAUAACUUAAUUUCUUAGUUUUAAUAUCCACUUAAUAUUCUAGUCUUAUUGGUCCAGUGCAAAAAGUUUGGGAGUAGUGAUAAGGGCUGAUUUACACCAUGGUAGAGCAAUAAGAUGCUGUAUUUUUGGUGAAGGGUUGACCGUGUAACAGUUUUUCUUUUGAGACAAAACAGUGCCAGCUAGUUAUCUUCGGAAGCGAAAUGGACAAGGCAAUUAAUCAAUAUUCAUUGGACAGCAUUUAUAGGCUGCAGUGACAAACCCAAGCCCCAUUUAUUUCACAUCAGUCCAUGCAGAUCAACAUAAUGUUCUGUAAUUGUUACACUCUAAGUGUCCAUUUUUUUAUACUCACAAAUUUGAUUUCAUUAACAAUGUCAUUUAAAACUAUUUUCUCGAAUCAUAUUCAUUUUAGUAAAAGCUAUUACAGGCGCCUCAGUCCAUUUGUUCAGUGUCUUUGUAGUCCAGAAAAUGAAAACUUUUCAUCAUUUGAUAUACUUUCUGCAGCCUUGCACACAGAGAACCCUCUUCAGUGUAUCAUAAACUGAUUAUAAAACAGGAGGUAAUACAUGGGUUCCUGUGCAGAUUUGAUGUUAAAGUAAUCCAAAUCAAUCUCAGCUUACCGUCAGUAAUAGUUAUCUUUCAUUGCCAGAACUCUCUCUGCAAAGUUUGCACUAUUCCAGCAGCACAGAAAGUAAUAUUACACCCAUUUCCACAACCACUUUAAAAUGUGUAGAUGUGCCUGCAGCAUUUACGUCAUGGUAAAAAUGUGUGUGCUUAGAGCUGCAGUGGUCAGUCUCUCACUCAUUAAUCAAUUUACUCUUUAAUCAUCCAACACGACCUCUAUUCUGUUUUCAUAUCUGCAGUGAAAUUCACUGAUUCUCCUGAUAUGCCAGGUCAAAGCUCAUCCCAGUCAUUUGAACUGAUUAUUUAAGAUAAGACAAGUGGGAACAGAGUGUACAUGAAGCCAUAGAAGGCAGUGAAGAGAGUGUGCAGAUAAAUUCUUGGAGUCUUAUCUCAAAGUGGGAAAAGAGGACAUCAAGGUUAGGUGGGGGGAGACCUUGGUUCCCAACAUGACAACCAUAUUUUUGAUAGGCUUUAUUUGACAAUUCAAAGUCUCCUGUGAGGUUUUUUUUUUCCUUUAUAUAACAAUGCACUUAAGUUUAUGUUCAUUUAUCAUCCAUCAGUUUAAGAAAAAGUGCUGCAACAGCGGAAAAGAUUUACCGUAGAGGAAUGGCAACAUGCUCAGCAACAAAACAACAUACAAACAAUGCUGUUAUCCAUGCCUUCAUCCCAUCAUGCUUUGUUUACUGCAGCAGUCACUUAACCUGCCACAACUAAACAACUAUAAAUCAGCUCCAGAUUGCACCAAACUAGAACUCCUGGACUCUUGACCAGAACCAAAAGAUUAAUGCAAGUUUAUAAUAUUGCUUCACUGGCUCUUGAUGUGUCUUAUGAUCAAUUUUGCUGUUGCCUCGAUAUGAUAUGAGUCCAAGAUCCUCAAGGAGAGUCUAUAUAUGUGUUCUUAGCUGGAAGCAAGGGGUGACAGAGCAUUUGAAACUAAAGUCCUGAAGCUCUGGAAUGAGCUACCUAAGAAAAUCAGGUCAGCAGACUUAUACUUUUGCAGAGAUUUUCUCGAACCCACAUCAGUUUAUUGAUCGUCUCAUUGUUGGUGGUGUUGGCCGUUCAUGUCUCCUAAUAGAAAUCUUAAAGACUGCAUGUUUGCAAUCAUCAGCCAAUGUGUAAGGGGUUACUUCCUUGUGAACUAAAAUCGGAGACCUCCUAAUACAUAUCCAAGUUGACUGGAUCAUCAAGUGUUGUGAUUGUGAAUGUAAAUAUAUAUACAGUUAAAUCCUGAGUAUGAGGUACUCCACUUUAUAAGAUGUAGCCUGUUUUUGGGAGGCUCCCAGAGGGGAAAAAAGGUUUAAACCUCCUCCUGUGUGGCAAAUUCCUGCAUGUUCUGUAAUGUGCAGUUUCUGUGCAGACGUGGUUGUGACUUGUGCUCAGGGUACGGUGAUCAAGAUAGUAGCAAGACUCGACUUGUUUAUUUACAGUGAAUUUCUCGCUACCCUUUUGGUUGUCAACUGAUGAUCUUUUCAGUCGAACAAAUGCUCCUAAUGUUUAUUUAAUUGAUAGUAUUCUGCCACUUUAUUUAAAUGCACGUUUAUGACUUGGCGAGGAAAGAAAGCUGUAAAAAAGUGGUGCUGCUACAUAAGUCUGUACUGCUUUAUUUGAGUAGGGGAGUGGCCACUUUCAAUAUCAUCUUCUGGGUGAAAUACUGUUACACAAUAAAAUUCUCCUCUAGGCAUUUCAUACUGUUAGACUCACCGCAGUAGUGCAGGCCCGUUUUUAAUAUUUGCAGCUCACUUUUUAAUAUUUCACAGUGCGUAAAACACUCACUGUUGUUUUGUCUGAUAUAGAAUACCUGUUAUGUUCAUAUCUGCCUGCAAAGGUGCUGUUGGUUUGUCACUUAUAUUCUCUUUGAUUCCUAAACAUGGAGCACAUCACAUCUUUAUGAAUCACAUCAUGCUGCUGCAAUAUCUGCUAAAAAUGUCUUUCAGCCACUUCCACUUCCAGUUUGCUGAUCACAGAGGGGCAUGGCUUUCCAAAGUUUCCAAAAUUGGACAAUUUAAUUUCUAUUUCUGCCCUCAAGGUGUCUAUUUCAGACUCCUCUCCUCUUAUGCCUGCAAUUCUUACUCAUCAAAUGCACUUUGAAAAUACUACAGUAGGUUUUGCAGGAAUAAAGCUUUCUCCUCUCUACCCCUUCCUCUGCUAUGAUAUCACCGUGUUUUGACUCUGCUGGCUCUGAGAGCUAGUUCUUAAUAUAUUUGUCUGGUAUUAUGCAAAGGUGAAGCAGAAGUAGAGGUUAAAUAAAAGCAAAUAUUGGGGAGACCCAGCAGGAAAUUGAAAACGGCGGACCAAUCGUGGGUACCCUCCGGAGCUGAACCUCUCUUCAGUGGAUUUCAUGGGAUGAUUUUUGACCCUCAGCUCCACUUCCAAGUUAAACCCUUGAGUUUUUAUUUUUCUCAUGGUGGUAUUUGCAGGUUUUUACACAGAAACAGGUCCUCAAAAGAAACUAUGUGGUUUAAUAUAAAUAUAUAUAUAUAUAUAUAUAUAUAUAUAUAUAUAUAUAUAUACACAUUAUCUUUUGUAUUGUAUCAACAAUAGGUUUUGUCUCAAAAAUGCUUCAUUUGAGAGAUAAAUAUAAAGAAAAAAAUGCCUGUCUGAGUCCCUGGGAGAUAUUUAUGACGCUGGCAUUUUUUUUCUGCUCCUCAAAGAUCGGCUUACAGUCACAUUGAGUGGGCAGCUUUGUUCUUGGAUUUUUACCUUGAUUACUUCUUCCAUGUCCAGCUUUGACAUCUUUCAGGCCUGGUGGACAGUUUUGCACCUGAUAACAGCUCAGUCACAUCAUUUUUUCUUCUGAACUCCACAGUGAUGUACCUGAGCAUGCUGGACUUUUUGUAAAAGAGUUUGACUCUUUGCAACAAAAUUAGUGUUUCGAACAGGAGACAUGGAUUGUCAGGAGCUGGUAUGAACGAUUGAAAGCAGGCCUUGAUAAAUAAUGCAAAUCAAGCCUUUGGAUGGCGUGAAUUCAGGAGAUUUAAGAGUUUAUUUUUUCUGUGGAUUAGCUGGAAAUAUUUUGAUGAUGUGACAAGUCUUCUGCUGGAUCUCUCACAGACUCUUUUAAAGAAGAUGCCACCCAUUGAUUUCUAAAGGUAGCUAUUGCAAACAAACUUUUUGCUAAACUAGAAACCUGCAAAAGUGGUAGAAUUGGGGCAAACAGAUACAAUGCACCUACCCACCAGUCACUUCAGCCUAACCUCUGAUGAUUGAUGAAUAUUAGAGAUGCACCAAUAGUGAAAAUUAGAUCAUAAAAUUAUGUCUUACAGAUUGUAAUAUAUUCUCAGACACAUUUUUUCUCAUGCUCGAUCACUAAAACCAAUCACUUUCCACGGGGGGGAUUUUUUGCCUAACAAUAAAAAACUUCUCUGAACUGGGAUUAUUAAUGUGAUGAAGAUAAAACAGGUUGCAACACUGUACAAAUGACUAUCAGCUGACAUUGGUAAAUGAUACGUGUUGGACUGAUUUGCUGACUGAUGUUCACCUGAUACACCUGUGCAUCCCUCAUUCCUAAUAAGUAUAUAUGCAACUCUUAACCAUUGUAGAACACCUUUAUAAAAUCAAAACUUAGGUGUGAAAACAAACGUUAUUCUGCAAAAUACUAAGAGAAAACUGGUUUUGAUAGUAUCAAUCAGCCUUGGGUGAAAAAUUGUUCCAGUUUGGCUGUAACUGACUUGAAAGAUAUAAAAAUAUUUUAUUGUAAUGGCAAAAAAAUAUAUAUAAAUUUGAACUUGAACUCACAGGAGAGUGGAACUUUCAGACCAAAAGACAAUCUCAGGAAAAUUUAAGUCAAACAAGUCAUCUUACACAUUAGAUGUUAUUAACAAGAUCUUCUUGGUGGUUUUGUUUGUUUUUGUAAUUAUUAAGUGGUAUCUGUAUUUAUUUCAUUGCAUCCAAAAAUCAACUAAAAUUAAGAAAAAGGAUUAGGGCCGCAAGAGAAAAAAAAUUACAGGAGGGAGAUUUUUUUAAUUUCUAUUUCGAGACUAAAGUGGAAAUUUCGAGAUGAAAGUCAAAAUUUUAAAAAGUUGAAAUUUCGACUUUAUUCAUGUCGACUUUCAUCUUGAAUUUUUAUUUUUAUUCUCAAAAUUUCGACAUUAUUCACAUUUUGAAAAUAAAAAAUAAAUUUGUCAUGCCCAAAUUUCAACUUUAACCUUGAAAUUUCCAUUUUUAAUGUCAAAAUUUCGACUUUAUUGACAUAAUUUCGAUUUCUUAAUCUCGAAAUUUAGACUUUAAUGUCCUUUCUGUAAUUAUUUUUUUUCUCUUCUUGUGGCCCUUUCGUAGAAAAACCCCUCAAGACCUGUUAAACAUUUAAAAUUUGAGUUUUAAAACAUGAUGUAACUAUUUCCCCACAUAGUUUAUGACAGUCUUUCUUGUUAAAGGUCAGAUAAACAAUUUCUCCCACAGGUGUGUUAGUCUAUGCAAGAUGUAUUUUUCAUAGAGUUCUCGUCUCUGGCCUGUCCUCACAGCACUUGUUUGUUUUUUCCUGAAUCUCCUGCAGCGUAAUCCCUGUCUAUGACAUUAUUGUAGGGAUAAAGAGUUGAGGUGAGCCGUCCCUCGCCUGCUGGUGUCUCCGAGCAUCUUCCAGACCGCAGAAGGCAUCUCUGCAAACAGCUGUCCUUCCAGAGACAAAACAUUUCAUUUGCUUUCCUCUCAUCUGCUGAUAUGCCUCAGACAAUUGGAUUUGUAUCCUCUCCAGUUGCUUGUUGCUCAGCAGGCAGCAGAAGUGAUGGAUGUACUGAGGUUUACAAAACAAAUAAAACACAAACAUUUGUGUACUUCAGAGGGGUUUUAAUAAACAGGGGACCUUAUUGUGGAAAAAGAAGGAUAGACUUGUAAGUUUGUUCUUGCUGACAGUCUAUGUGGAUCAAUGCUCAGACUGCUGACAUUUUCACUUGAUUUUAUUAACCCAUGCUUUGCCGUCUCCUUAUUCUCCUGCCUUUGUCCCCCCAGUGUGCCCUGGAUUGAUAUUUGACAGUGCGUGAAAUGGAGACAGAAUGAAACCUGUUUUAAUACGAGUCAAUCACAGCACUCUCUGACGUUAAGGGGAUUGUAAAUACGGUACAGAGGAGGGAGAGAAACAGCAGCUCUGUGUUAAUAGCUCCAGAACACUGUGGAUAUAAUCAUUUCAAUAGCUUGUAAAUGAAUUGGCACCUCGGAGACAGCACACAGCAUUCAUCCUGUCAAAUGCAUUUUCUAAGAGAAGCUUGUCCACAAGGGCCUUCUGUACCAACCUGUGUGUCAUAGAAAGUGUCCACAGUUGUCUUGCAAGUUGAUUUUACUUUCAUAUUUUCUUGUCUUCUGUUUUAUCAUGAUGUUAAACACAAAAUUUUCUGAGCAACUUGUGUCUACAGACCCUUUGAGGUUUUAUGGAUGCCAUUUACAACCAUAAACUAUCUCCAAUCUCCCUGCAGCUGCUGCUCUAUUAGACGACAAUAUUUUUUAUAUGUGCACAUUUGCUUGCUGACUUUUAUGAGGCAUUUCAAACUCUGAGGUCGAAAUUUCGAGGCUGAAAUUUCCAAUUUCUGAUUUGAAACUAUUUAAAUGCACGACACCAAAAAUAACUAAAACAAAAUAGCUUACAUUUACAAUUUAUAUUGCGAUCAGUGUUUCCCCUGGAAAUUUUUUCAGCAGCAGUUAGGGGUUGGGGGGGAUUUCCUUAGGUCAGUCUUCGCCUAGAAAUUUUAGCUGGUACCCCCACUCUCUAGCCACCCAUGGAGCUACACGCUGUUACCAUUCAUUAGGUUACUUUACAUUACGUUAUGUUACUUUACAUUACUUUACGUUACGUUACCCGUAACGUGCUACUCGCUAUAUGAACCGUGUAAAAGCUUGAACUUUACCCUUCACAUGAAUGGAAGAGGGUGACAGGACUCGAUGCGCUUGUGAUGAUUCGGAACAAGUCGAAAAAAAUCUGGUGUGUUGUUGUGCUCACACAGUGCAAGUAGAAAUUAUUAAUGGUACAUUGAUAUUAAUGCUACUAAUGCUGUUAACGCUACUCGCUAUAAAGACCGUGUAUAAGCUUGAACAUUACAUUUCACAUUGAUGCUCGUUGAUGACUUAAAACAAGCUAAAAAUAACGUGUGUUGUUGUGCUCACACAGUGCAAGUAGAAACCAUUAGUGGCACAUUGAUAUUGAUGAUCAUGUGAAAUUUCAGUAGCAGUGCAUGUAAUUUGAAUGAAUGUAGGGGAAACACUGACUAAUGUACUCGUACGUUCAUUCCUCUUGGACUGGUAUUUUGGAUGUUACAUGGAUACGCUGUAGAAUAAUUGUGACUUACUACGUGACGCUUUUCUAGCUAAAUUGCAGUGUCAUUAUUCAUCUUUAUAGUGUAGCAAUGUUAUUCCACGGCUAGCGAAGUUAUUGCUCCCUGUAUUUGAGUAUUUUCUUAAGCUAAUAACCACUGCAAAGAUGGCUGUGGCAGACUUAAGGAGUCAACACAAUGCAAAGAUCUUGUCCUCUAAAGAAGCUAACGUAACUGCUAAAGAUAGAUUUCAUCACUUUUUGGAGAUUUCAGUGGUUCUAUAGAAAACACCAUACAGCCUCAGUUGUGUGGUGCUGGUAAUGCCACUCCUGUCACCUCUAGGUUAUCUAUAAAGAAGAUUACAGAGCACAUACCAAUAGACUUUUCAUCUUGUCAGGUUUACUGAAAAUAACACACUUAAUGGAGCUAAGAACACUUCUGGUGGUGUUCAGAGCGAAAGACAAAGUUUUACCAAAACAGCUGCAAGGGUUAUUUGAAAUUAGUUCAGAGAGUGAAAACCACAGGAGACCAUAUGAUUUGAAACACCAGUUUGCUCGGACGACGCUGAAGCAGAUGUGUAUUUCUGUUGCAGGUAUAAAGUUAUGGAAUUCGCAAAAUAAUGAGUUGAAGAGUUGUACAACAAUGUUUCAGUUUAAGAAAAAGUUUAAAGGAGGGAAAAUCAAAAAUUAUGAACUGGAUGAAUUGGAUGACUGAUGAUGUGUCAGAUUGUUUUUUGUUAUUGUUUUUUUGUUUGGUAUUUUCUUUUGUUUGUUUUUUUUUUGUGGUAUUUUUUGGACCUUAAUUGUAUAAUAAUUUGAUCAAUUGCUAGCUGGUUGCCAUAGAUAAAGGUGUUGUAGUGAAGGGGCAGUCGUAUAUAAGACUUGUCUUCUGUCUGCUCCUUUUCAUUUCACAUGAUUACACAUGAAAAAAAAGGAUGAGUGCAAUGUAUUGUAUUAUGUAUCAUGAAUGAAAUGAAAUAAAUAAACAUGAAAUAAAAUCUGUUUAUUCAUUUUGUGCAUUACUGUAUGAAAGACAUAAAUGACCUGUGAUAGAACUGUUCAGGGAGGUGAAUGAGCUCAUGUAAAAGUAGGAAUGUGUCUCUCUUCACUUGUGGAAAGGUUGUGUUGAAGUUCACUCUCUGGGGCAUGGUGCUGCAGCAGUCUCUGUUAAUUUAAACACCAAAAAAGGCAGUAAGAGGUCGGUCUCUGGAGAGAGAGAUGAAGCUUUGCUGACUUAAAACAUGCUUUUUUGUUUGAUAUAUUAUAAGUUCAUUAUAGAGAUUUUCUUGCAUUGGUAUUUAUUGGUUCAUUCGUGUAAUGGAGUUCACUGUAAGUAAACUCCUUUCUCUGUGAAAAUAACAAGUCAGCAGAGUUUGCUUACCUGUCACCUUUCUUGACACUUGAGCUUGGCUAUUCUAAAGAUGGGCAUUAUAAUGUAUUUUUCUGGUAUGAGAUCCUGUCUGCUUUAAACACAGUAUCAAUAUAUCAUAAAAUGUAUUCAUUCCCCUAUAAGGGAAAAUGUAAUUGUGUAGUUUCCAGUUGGAUCAUCCCCCCUCUUCCUUCAGCCGAGCUGUUGCCAUGCAUGUAUUAUUCUGAACAGCUAUGACCAAGAGUUUGCAGCUGCAUAGCCUUCUGCUGCUCUUCAAAUAUCAAUAGCUUUCAAACUUCAUGAAAAUUUAUGAAGGAAAUCCUCAUUGAUCCAUAGCCAGAAGACAAAACUAGAGCCGAGGAGCUAUUUUUAACUUCUUUUUCUUUCCUACAACCCCAAUAACUUAGUGUUGCACAUUUUGUUCUGAGAAAAGAGUGUAACCAUGGAAUAAAAACAGCACAGACUGUGAAGAAUUACAUAAGAGAUGCCUUUUUAAAAAAUGAAAAGAACCACUCAUUUAAUUUCAUUGGACUUUAAAUCCCCUUUCUGUCAUGAAUCUCAUUUUCUCUCUGUAGUGUUGCUGUUUAUUUUAAGAAUCAAGGGCUCAAGCGUUCACCUCUGAGUAUAGGCUGGCCACAACGUUUCAAUCAGCCUGUGGUGGAGUCCCAUGCUGUGGGAUUUGUGGAUGGACUAAGCUACAGAGGAAACACUUGGUCUGACUGUCCCCCACUGUAUCAGGAGUCCCUGGGCCGAGGCUUCACGUAAAUAGAAAAAUCCUGCAGGCAGCCACAGAAAGUCUGAAAACACUUCAGUUACCUUUAUGUCCAACCUGUCAGGCUGCGUUAAAGUCACACCCCAAUGUUUUUUUUCCUACUUAAAGUGUUCACAGUGGUCUUUCAAUUGUGAUUAUGAAGUUUUUACCAAAAAUUGCGUUACCUGUGUCAUUUUCAAGGACUUUUCUUCUGCAGAGCUCCAGUAGAUCAUUAGCAAUUCGCCUCUUAGUUGUGGUUGGGGACAGCGCUGCUCUGCACACUUAGCUUGUAGCCUAACAUUGCUGCUGUUGUAAAGGUGGCAGCUAACAUAGGAGCUAUUCAGCUUUCAGACACUAAUGGGCUCUAUUUUCGUGUACGCCGGUGAGGCGACGGAGGGCGGCGAGCCCUGCGCAGUUGUAUUUUCGUCUGGCGGAGCCCGGCGUACAGCCAGUUUGGUAUUUUCGUGGACUGAGGCGCACGGAGGCGAACCGAGAUCCGCCAAGCUGGGCGUGGUGGCGUGGCAGGGGGAGGUGUCGACAGAAUCAGCUGCCGCAGUGACAUUUUCUUGCUCACCAGUGGCGUGUAAAGUGUGCUGAAAGCCGGCCAAUUCAAACCUGGUCAGCUUUCAGCGCAGGCGGAGCGCAGCUGGUCUAGAGGUAUUUUGAUAGACCGGCGGCGUAUCGGCAUAGGUCACCGAUGCCUCACCGGCAGGUUUCCACAGAGUCAGACACAUUUCAGUGCAAUAAAUAAUCAUCAUCAACUAAUAAUCUGAGUCAGCACAUACAUUUAGAUCUAUAUAGAUAUAUUCUGAUCUAUAUCUGAUCUGAUGAGCACGUUUGGCACGCGUUUGGACACACAACCUGACCGAAUCAACACAGCUGAAACCGCAUUAAAUUAAAUUAAAUAUCUUAGACACACAUGAUGAAGUUAACAAGAUAUUUAAUUUGUCUCCCUCCUUUUCUUUCUUCCUCUCACGCCAUGUGUCUCCGUGUCCUCUCUCCAUCCUGCAGCGGCUGAACAGAUGAUUUGUUUCAGUGCUCAGAUGCGUGAUCUACUUUAAGCCGACAUACGGAUAUUAUAAUAUUCAGUUUUGUGAGCCAAAUUUAUUUUAUAUGCCAACAUCUAUGAAAGAAAGAGCCAGGCCACGGAGCGCGAUGCAUCAUUUACGCACAGAUGGUUCCGAUUUUAAUGCCAUUUAUGGAGUUUAUGUUGUGAUCUGUGCGCUAAACCCACCUUUGUCACGUGAGGUUUGAAUAUAUGCAACUUUAUGUGAGUGUCUUUGUUUGUGGAAAAGGGUGUUUGUCUUACCAGUGGGUCCAACAUUACACACACCAAAUCCAUCUGUGCUCAUAUGAGAGAGUGUGGAGGACGCCCAAUGAAGCGCUUAAAGUGACACUUGUUGAGGAGCUGCCUUCUGUCGCCAUCGUGUGGCAUAACUGUCUUCAGACAUCUCUUGAUCUCUUUGACUACUUCAUAAAAAUAGUAAUACGCCUCGCCGGUGGCAGAUUUAAAGGCAAGGAGAGGAGCUUCUGUGAUUGGUGAAAACAGGUCUCGGCUGUGUUAAAUCCACUCCAUGCCCUCUCUCCUCCCUCCCUACGACUUACGCCGCAGGGAGGAGCUGAGUUAGGGAGGGGGGAUACUUACGCCAGGCUGCGCCGCUCACCAAAAUACCAAAUUGUGCUUGGGAACGCCUUGUCAGCACGGCGGACCUGACUUACGCCGCGCCUGCGGCACGUCUCCGGCAAGGCACGAACAUAGAGCCCUAAUGUCUUUAGGGAUGUGAUGAAAGCUUAUAUUAUAAUUAGCUUUCUUACAAGCAUUGCAAUCCACUAACGCACACGCGUGUUCUGGAAUCGUACUCUGUAUUUGUCCUCUUUAUGCAGAGUGUGGCCUGCAUAGCGGGGCUCCGGGGGCGGAGCUUGGAUUGGUUACGUUUGAAAUCUCACUGUUUCUGAACCUGCCGUUUGGGUCUGCCAGAGAUUCACAGCAAUUUGAAUGAAGAAAUAUUCAGAAAAGCAAUUUCGCAUUUAGUUUUCUCAUGGUAUGUCCUGUAGCAUCAGAAAAAUGCCAUAUAAACAUAUAGACAACAAGAAAAACAUGAUUUUGAUCAGAGUGGGUUGUUACAGGGAUAGAAUGAAUAACUGUUCUCCAGAGCCACAAAACCUUACCACGUAGCAAGGGGGAAAACUGUAAAUUUAGUCUAAAGCAUUUGGCAAUUUCUCAGCAGCAACGUGUGUUUUUGGGGGAUGGGGACAGGCUAUAUUCAGGUGUUUUUGCUGUAUGUGAGUGUAUCAUCGUGUAUAUUUUGUAAUGCACAGUGAAAAUAUUUCAACAAUUAAUACUUUCUCAGUUUUCAAAUGUUUUACAUAUUCGAAGGAGGCCUGACCUAAAGGCUAUGUUUCCCCCUUAUCAAAAUGCAUUGCGCUCCCAUAAGAUGUUUGCUGUUUGUUUCAGGAAAAAACUGCUAAAGUACGUCAAUCUCCUUCUGCACCAAGCAUGUCCUAAGUUUAACAAAUUAAAAACAAAAAUAAAAUCGUUUUAUUUGAUGAUUUGUGCAUGAAAAAGUUAAUAUUUGAUACAUAUUAUACUCAACGAGAUCAUUUUUAUUUUCAAAAGAUGUGCAGGUCUUACAUUAAUAGGUGUUUCUUUGCAACUGUGAAUGUCAACCUCUUAUAUUAAGGAUUUCAUAGUCUGCCCUCAAACUGUAAGAUUAGCUCUUUGACUUGGAGUUCUGCAAAAUCCUACCUACUUUUAAGCCAAGAGGCUUUUUUUUUCAUAUAGAGGGGGGUUGUAUUAAAUUGAUCCGUCGGUAAGAUAAAAUCUUGCCAAAGAACAGAACAUUCGGUCCACAAAAGUUGUUUGACAGAAGUUGCCCGUUUUCAGUUUCUCUCAUUUGGCUUUGAAAAUUAUGCCAGUUUGGAAAAUUUAUGCAGCUUUCAGGAAGGUGAAAGAAAAAUGAAAGUGUUACAGCCUACAAAAAAUGACACUGAGAAUAUGACAGUUUGAAGUCCAGUUAUCUGCUCUUGAAGUCAAGUAGCAUUUUAACCCCGAUGAAACUAAUUGGACCCCUGCAUUACACUUCCCUGGCAGUGUUUCUAUUUCAAGGUGGAUUCCUCAACCAACUCUCGUAGUUAUAUUUUCUGUUAAAGCAACACCUUUGUAGAUAUUUGAUAAAACAGAAUGUUAAACAUCUGUCCCAAGGACAAGCACAGUACGAGUUUGGUCCCUUUCCUCACUUGUCAUUCAGAUUGUUUUACUCAUCUUCUUUUCUUUGGGGACUCAAGCUCUCGUGCAAAGGCAUAUAUAAUAUUCACAUGCUAAGGAGAGAUGAUAUAAGCCCUCUUUUAGCGCACUUUGAAAGGUCCGGCACCACUGGGACGCAGUAAUAGAAUAGUUCAAAAAUGAGCUCUCCUCAUCUAUCACAGCAGGCUCGGAUAGAACAUCAUGACCUCACUGUCUUUGACAAAAUAAAUCACCAGCUACGACUCAAAGGCCCUUGUCUUCCACGCGAGCAAGUAAUAUAUUCUUUAAUACAUGUUAUGUCCCAUUUAUCUUAAACAUAACGCCGGCAACCCCCAGAAACUUCAAUGUCACACCCAGAAACUUCAAUGUCACCCUAUCUCUCUUAUUCUUUCUCUCUCUCUCUCUCUCUCUCUUUCUCUCUCUCUCUCUCUCUCUCUCUCUCUCUCUCUCUCAAGUCGGUUAUCACCCAAUCAAAAGGUCAGGGGUUCAAUCCCAGGGCUGUCCACAUGCCAAAGUGUCCUGAGGCAAGAUACUUGACCCCCACCUGCCCACACUGGCUGCACCCAGUGGUGUGUGAAUGGGAUUAGUCAAAAACUGAUGGUAGCAGCCUCUGCCAUCUGCCAUUUGUGUAGAAAAGUCAGUGUAUUUUCAGCAUGUAAACUUUCAAUCUGUGUCCGUCAGGUUUAUGUUAAUUGUGAGAAGACAAGUCCAGACAAAUUCAGGACCUGAGUCAUCGUCAAAUGCCAAAGGAAUAAGUCAAAGACAUGGAUGUGUUUUCUCAGUUACAGCAGUUUAAUGCUCUUUAGUGGUUGGGUUGCUCUUCCAGGUGAAAGAGUUACCUGUGUUAAGGGUUUGCAGAGACUGCAGGUUAUUUAAAGCUCCAUGAGGAAAUUUUGGCACAUGUCAACAUUGGCACCCCCAUUGAACAAAAACUGUCUCUGCAGUCUAUUAUGAAUAUAUUAGGUGGGAAAUGUAAAAAUGGGCUCUUUCUUCAGCUGCUCAGCUGACACCUACCCCCUUGCACAGGUUUCAGGCAUUAAAAAUUACUAUAUAAAAUUUAUCAAUCUUGUUUCUGACAGUCCUGUUUGCUUUCAAAUAUGAUGAAAAGGCAUCAACUUGAAUUUCAGUCUAUUUCAUAAACCCUUUAGCUUUAACUGUACUUUAUAUCGUAACCCUUGUUCUGUGCGCAGUGUGUGUGGUGUAUUGCACUGGUUUGUAGCUACCUAUAGAAACAAAACAGGUCUCUGUGGAAAGAUCAUCUUUGUGUGCAAUCUGCAGUUGUAACUCUACAUAUCAUUUAACAAUUUACAAUGUACUCUGGCCACUUACAAUAGCAGAGCAGCUUUUGGCUGCAUGAAAUAGAGCCCACGUCUGUUGCUACACAUUACCAUGCUGCUUUCUUCCAACCCUUAAAAAAAGAGAUAAACUUCAGACCAAGAUAAAAACUGAAUUUAAGCAGGAUGUAAAGAUGUCACCAAUAAAUGUGCAGACACAGGGUGGUCGGUUUGUAGGACUAAUGAAACGGCAGCUCAUGAUAAAACAGCUUGUGAAGCAGAGGACAGAAAAGAGAUAAAGAAGAUAAAAAAUGACAGAUGUUGGUGCAUAAAAAGAAAACGAAGGAAGUUGACUUUCUGUCAAGGUCCUAAUCUAAGAUUGAUUAUUGUCCUAAAUUUUUCUUUAUCUUGGUAAAAUGAAUGUUAGUUGGGAAUUUAGUGUCUAUGACAAUGAUGUGGAAAAUUUUUUAUCAUAGAUAAUAAAAGUGGCCCCAAAGUUAAUAAGCAGCAGUGUGUCACUUUAGGUGCCCAGCCUAACAGUCCACCAGGAAAUCUGAGUUCACCGUAGAUGAGGAGUCCGCUGAUUCUGUGAGUCCAUUGGGGUUAAACUGUUCACUGAUGUCCUCCUGCUGGCCCUGACCCUCAGCUGGAGGAAGGCAAGAAGCAGUUCAUGGUGCACAGACGGACAUUUUUCACUAGUUUUAGCAGCUGUAGCCCCCUAAGGUUGGAUUUGACCUUCUUUACCUUGGUCUCCACUUGGAAAAUGGGGUAUAUCCAUGCUUGCAUGUUCGUGUUUGGCUCCUUCUAAAAUGGAUGACAGUGGGAUUUUUGAGAUGCACACCGACAGUGUCAAGAAAAUGAAAAAUGAAGAGACGGUGAUCAUCUGGAACAGAGGAGCUAAAAAUAGGCCAAAAUUAACCAACAACUGAGUUGUGGUGCUGAUGUUUUAGGUAAUAGUUUUUCAGAGUCAUUAAUCAACUGUAAGGCAGCCAAAAAAGUAUGGUGUCACAGAGUGUAAUGUUUGUAGAAGGCAAACUCAGAAAUAACCCUCCUACAGUGCUCCCAGCCAAAGAAAAUAACACUCAAAGGGGGCUGCUUUUAAAAAGAGUCUGUGAGAGUAAAUCACUGACAAACAGAACAAAGGUAUGCCCAUUACCGGUGCUGUCACCCUGCUGAAAGCCUUGGAGAUCACCAUGAGACAGAGGGCCAAAAAAUAACAAACUACGGGUAAUUUCUAUUUUUCUGCUUUAAAAUGAAGACAUAGUACUUGUGCUCUAAUGAAAAAGGUUUGGCACUAUGGCCACAUUUCUAUCUGCCACCUUGGAGGGACUCAAAAAUUAGCUCCAGCAUCCCUCUGCAAAUAUACCUUCCAUACAAAGUUUUGAUCUUCUUUAUACUCAAGCAUUUACAUACACAAGAAAGGAGAUAAAGACACAAAGAAAAUAAGACACGGAGAGAUGUAGAAACAAAGACAGGGAAGGCAAAAAACUUGUUUGGGCAAGAACUCAUCCCCACCAAAGAAGACUGUAUAUUGUACCUCCUUCUACUCCCCAGUUUUAUGUGGAAAGAAAGUGAGAAAAUCCUCAACCAGAAGUGCUUCAGUUUCACAUGCGAUUAUAUUUGACUCAAUUCCAAUGAAACCUUUUAUUCCAUGAACCAUUAAAAAUACAGUUUUGUUCCAAAAAUCUUGUAAGCAGCCUCCUUCACUUCAAUGCAGUUUGUUUGAGUUAUAUUGUAUCGAUGAAAAGAAGUGGUCUGCACAGUGUAUAAUUUGAAAGUAAUAUUCCAAAGCUUAUCUUAUAUUAUGUUGUGUAAUUAAAGCUGCCAUUUAAAUGACAUAAUUAAAAUUCAGAUUCAUUGCAUGCUUACUCCAAAAGAGGCCUUAAAGACCCACUCCGAUGAAAAUCAUGUUUUUCUUGUUUUUUAUAUGUUUAUAUGGCAUUUUUCUGAUGCUACAGGACAUAUCGUGAGAAAACUAAAUGCGAAAUUGCUUUUUUUAAGUAUUUCUUCAUUUAAACCAGACCCAAACGGCAGGUUCA